ACAUUCAAGUGGCUCUCAACUUCUCGAUCAAUAGCUGAACAGUGUGCGGGUCUCUGAGGUCUGCAGUUGGCCAGCAUCUGGCAGCCAUACAUCCGAAGCAAAUUAAUUUGUUUUUCUUAAAAUCUGCACCGUUUUAUUAAUAGUGAAAGUUUGUGUGAGGCGUACGCAAAAAUAAAUUUUUCAAAUUUUACAAGUGAAAAUUGAGAAAAAAAAACAUCAAACGCAACGCGUCGCGCGCAGUCAGCAAUUCAUCAGCAGCAGUCAAGUGUUAAAAGAAAAGCGUCAAUAUUUCUUUAAUAUUUUAACCAAUAAAAAAAAUCCGAAAGUGUCUGUGCAUAACUCCGUGUGUGUGUGUGUAUAUGUGUGUGCGCACCAGUGCCUGAGUGCUGUGCAGCAGUCAAAACCAAAGGCUGAAAACAUAAUUUUGCUGGCGUUGUUUUUCGUUGGCAGCUGUUGGCAGUAUGAACUGAUUUUAACCGAAUUUUGAUGAAGAAAAUGCAAAAAUGAAAAUAUUUUUGCCACUAGUCACGUGGAUAGUGCUACUACUCUCGAGUACAGUACAUUCACAACACCAACAACUACAACCCUUUAAAACAAAUCCAAACAAACAUAGUCGAUUUCGAGGCGAAGUGUUCUUUCUGAAUCUCGAGGAUGGCUAUUUUGGCUGCCAAGUUAAUGAGUCUACGGACUAUUUGCAACUAUACGACCUAUCGAAAAUAUGCGACGGCAAACAAGACUGUUUUCUUGGUUCCGAUGAGCUGAGCAAAGAGCUUAAAUGCACAAAUGACUGUGAUAAGGAUGGCACACAGUGCACAAAUGGUGUUUGCCUGAAUGGUGUUUGCCAUUGCAAUGACGGCUUUGGCGGCUGCAAUUGCGUCGAUCAGGAUGAGAACGAAUGCAAGCAGCGUCCAUGCGAUGUGUUUGCCCAUUGCACAAACACAUUGGGCAGCUUUACGUGUACCUGCUUUCCGGGCUAUCGCGGCAAUGGCUUCCAAUGUGAAGACAUUGACGAAUGUCAAGAUCCAGCGAUAGCGUCGCGCUGCGUAGAAAACGCCGAGUGCUGUAAUCUGCCGGCGCACUUCCUGUGCAAGUGCAAGGAAGGCUAUACGGGCGAUGGCGAGGUGCUGUGCACAGACAUUGAUGAGUGCAGCAAUCCGCAGGCCUGUGGCGCCAACGCCCAAUGCCUGAAUACGCCCGGCAAUCACACGUGCGUCUGCCCCGAUGGAUUUGUGGGCAAUCCCUAUGACGGCUGUCAGGAUGUUGAUGAAUGCGCGUACCCGAACGUGUGCGGACCAGGUGCCAUAUGUACAAAUCUCGAGGGCAGUCAUCGCUGCGACUGCCCGCCGGGAUACGACGGCGAUGGACGCACCGAACAGGGCUGUGUCGAUCUGGACGAAUGCGGACGCUCGCCUUGCGGACGCAACGCCGAUUGUCUGAAUACAGAUGGCAGUUUUCGCUGCCUGUGCCCCGAUGGCUUCAGCGGUGAUCCCAUGCACGGUUGCGAGGAUGUCGAUGAAUGCGCCAUUAACAAUCCAUGCGGUUUGGGUGCUCAAUGCGUGAACUUGGGCGGUAGUUUUCAAUGUCGUUGUCCACUUGGCUUUGUGCUUGAGCAUGAUCCGCACGCCGAGGCGCCAAUGCUGGCCACACCCACACUACAACUGGGCUAUGGCGAUGGCGAUACACUGAUCACACCGGCACAAACAUCGGGUGCUGGUUUGGCCUGCCUGGACAUCGAUGAGUGCAAUCAGCCAGAUGGUGUGGCCAAAUGCGGCACCAAUGCAAAGUGCAUAAAUUUUCCGGGCUCAUAUCGCUGUCUCUGUCCAAGCGGAUUUCAAGGACAGGGCUACUUGCACUGUGAAAAUAUCAACGAAUGUCAGGAUAAUCCGUGCGGAGAAAAUGCCAUCUGUACGGAUACCGUCGGAAGCUUUAUUUGCACGUGCAAAUCGGACUACACCGGAGAUCCGUUCCGCGGCUGCGUGGACAUCGAUGAAUGCGCCGCACUGGACAAGCCAUGUGGACAGCAUGCGAUCUGCGAGAACGCCGUACCUGGGUACAAUUGUAAAUGCCCGCAGGGCUAUGAUGGCAAACCCGAUCCGAAGGUGGCCUGCGAACAAGUCGAUGUGAACGUUUUGUGUCGCAGCAACUUUGACUGCACGAAUAAUGCAGAGUGCAUAGAGAAUCAGUGCUUCUGCUUGGACGGAUUUGAGCCCAUUGGCUCUAGCUGCGUGGAUAUUGACGAGUGUCGAACUCAUGCGGAGGCUUGCGGUCCCCAUGCCCAGUGCAUGAACACGCCCGGCUCCUAUCGCUGUGAUUGCGAAGCCGGCUACGUGGGCAGUCCGCCGCGAAUGCCAUGCAAACAGCCUUGCGAGGAUGUGCACUGUGGUGCACAUGCCUACUGCAAGCCGGAUCAAAACGAAGCCUACUGCGUCUGUGAGGAGGGUUGGACCUAUAAUCCCAGUGAUGUCGCCGCAGGCUGCAUCGAUAUUGAUGAAUGCGAUGUGUUGCACGGACCCUUCGGCAGCUGUGGCCAGAAUGCCAGCUGCACAAAUACACCCGGUGCUUUUAGUUGUGCCUGCCCGCCCGGUUUCUCGGGUGAUCCGCACAGCAAGUGCUUGGACGUGGAUGAGUGUCGUGCCGGUGGUAAAUGCGGUGCCGGCGCCGAUUGUGUCAAUAUGCAAGGAGGCGGUUACACAUGUCGCUGUCCCGAGGGCACACUGCCCGACCCGGAUCCCUCAGUGCGCUGUGUGCCCAUCGUUAGUUGCGCCACAAAUGAAGAGUGUCCCGGCAAUGCCAUCUGCGAUGAAACGAAGCGCUGCCUGUGCCCGGAACCCAAUAUUGGCAAUGAUUGCCGACAUCCCUGCGAAACGCGCGACUGUGGUGCCCAUGCCCAGUGCAUGCUGGCCAAUGGAGAGGCACAGUGCCUCUGCGCGCCAGGCUAUACGGGCAAUGCUGCGCUACCAGGUGGCUGCAGUGACAUCGAUGAAUGCCGCGCCAAUCCCUGUUCAGCAAAUGCUAUUUGCAGCAAUACAGCCGGUAGUUAUCUGUGCCAAUGUCCAGGUGGAUCUACUGGUGAUGCGUAUAAGGAUGGCUGUGCCACGGCAAAGACUGUGGGUUGCUCUGAUUCUAACCCUUGCGCCUUGGGCGAGAGCUGUGUUCAGGACGCGUUUGCAGGCAGCAGCGUUUGCAUUUGCCGCCAGGGAUAUGAGCGCAAUUCGCAGAGUGGCCAAUGCCAGGAUGUGGAUGAGUGUGCGGGUGAACGUGCCAAGCCCGCGUGUGGCCUAAAUGCACUCUGCAAGAAUCUGCCGGGUAGUUACGAGUGUCGUUGCCCACAAGGACACACCGGCAAUCCGUUCGUCUUGUGCGAGAUCUGCAGCAGCGCCGAGUGCCAAUGCCAGGCCCCAUACAAACUUCUGGGCAACAGCUGCGUGCUGGCCGGCUGUUCCAGUGGGCAGCCAUGUCCCAGUGGCGCUGAAUGCAUAUCGAUCGCGGGCGGUGUUAGCUACUGCGCCUGCCCCAAGGGCUAUCAGACCCAGCCGGAUGGCAGCUGUGUGGAUGUUAACGAAUGCGAGGAGCGUGGCUCCCAGUUGUGUGCCUAUGGAGCUCAGUGCGUCAAUCAGCAGGGCGGCUAUAGUUGUCAUUGCCCCGAGGGAUAUCAGGGUGAUGCCUACAACGGACUCUGCGCGCCCGCUCAGCGCAAAUGCGCUGCGGAUAAGGAGUGCUCCAGCAAUGAGAAGUGUAUACAGCCAGGAGAGUGUGUUUGCCCUCCACCAUAUUUCUUGGACGCCCAGGACAACAACAAGUGCAAGAGUCCCUGCGAGCGUUUCCCCUGCGGCAUCAAUGCCAAAUGUACGCCCUCGGAUCCUCCGCAAUGUAUGUGCGAGGUGGGCUUCAAGGGAGAUCCACUGCUUGGAUGCACAGAUGAGGAUGAGUGUGCCCAUCUGCCCUGCGCCUAUGGGGCCUAUUGUGUGAACAAGAAGGGCGGCUAUCAGUGUGUCUGCCCCAAGGGCUUCACAGGUGAUCCCUACAAGAGUGGGUGCAUACUGGAGAACGGCGUGCCGAAGAGCACCUGCCUGAACAACGAGGAUUGCGCCAGCAAUUUGGCCUGCCUGGAUGGCAGUUGUCUCAGCCCGUGCGCCAGUCUCCUAUGUGGCUCGAAUGCCUACUGUGAGACGGAUCAGCAUGCUGGCUGGUGUCGCUGUCGCGUGGGCUUUGUCAAGAACGCCGACGGCGACUGUGUAUCGCAGUGCCAGGAUGUUAUCUGUGGUGACGGUGCCCUUUGCAUACCCACCAGUGAGGGACCCACAUGCAAGUGCCCGCAAGGCUACUUGGGCAAUCCCUUCCCUGGCGGCAGUUGCAGUACAGAUCAGUGCACUGCCUCCAGACCCUGUGACGAGCGUCAGAUAUGCAUAAAUGGACGCUGCAAGGAGCGCUGCGAGGGCGUUGUAUGUGGCAUAGGAGCCACAUGCGAUAAGAACAAUGGUAAAUGUGUUUGCGAACCAAACUUUAUGGGCAAUCCGGACCUGCUCUGUAUGCCACCCAUUGAACAGGCCAAAUGCUCGCCUAAUUGCGGCGAGAAUGCUCACUGUGAGUACGGACUGGGACAGAGUAGAUGUGCCUGCAAUCCCGGCUCAUAUGGUAAUCCCUACGAGGGCUGUGGGGCCCAGAAGAAGAAUGUGUGUCAACCGAACAGCUGUGGACCGAAUGCCGAGUGCCUCGCUGUUGACAAUCAAAUCACCUGCAUCUGUCCGCAAGGCUUCAGCGGCAAUCCCUAUGUGAGCUGCCAGGAUGUGGACGAGUGCGCCAAUAAACCGUGCGGUUUGAAUGCCGCCUGCCUCAACACAGCCGGCAGUUUCGAGUGUCUCUGUUUGUCCGGCCAUGCAGGUAAUCCCUACAGCAGCUGUCAGCCAAUCGAGAGCAAGUUCUGCCAGGACGCCAGCCAGUGUCAGUGCAGUGAUCGCGUAGAAUGCCCCGAUGGCUACAGCUGCCAGAAUGGCCAGUGCAAAAAUCUAUGCUCCAAUACAGCGUGUGGACCUCGCGCCAUUUGCGAUGCGGGUAAAUGUCUGUGCCCCCUGGGCUACGUAGGCGAUCCCCAUGAUCUGAGCCAAGGCUGCACCAUACGGGGACAGUGCGGCAACGAUGCUGACUGUCGCCACACGGAAAUCUGCUUCCAACUGGGCAAGGGUCUGCGCAAAUGUGUGGAUGCCUGCUCCAAGAUACAAUGCGGCCCCAAUGCGCUCUGCGUGGCCGACGAUCAUCGAUCAUCGUGCAUCUGCGCCGACGGUUACUUUGGUAAUCCCAGCAAUCUACAAGUUGGGUGCCAACCGGAGCGUAAGGUUAUCGAUCUGGAAGAUAAGUGCAAGACGGACAAGGAUUGCGAACGCGGUUUUGGUUGCCAGUCAGAUGCACUAGGCACCCGAGAGUGCAUAAAUCUGUGCUCCAACGUUGUCUGCGGUCCAAAUGAACUCUGCAAGAUAAAUCCUGCUGGACAUGCGAUUUGCAAUUGUGCGGAUAGCUUUGUCUGGAAUCCAGUUGUGUCGUCGUGCGAAAAGCCCUCGCUACCCGACUGCACCAGCGAUGAGAACUGCCCCGAUGCCUCCGCCUGCCGCCCCGACGUGCUGGGCGUGCUGAAAUGCGUAUCCAUUUGCGAUGCCUUCACCUGUCCAGCGAAUUCGAUUUGUGUUGCGCGCCAUCAUCAGGGACGCUGCGAUUGCCUCAGUGGAUUUGCAGGCAAUCCCAAUGAUCGUAAUGGCUGCCAGCCGGAGCGUAAGCAUCAGUGCCGUGGCAAUGCCGAGUGUCCCGAAUCAGAGGCAUGCAUCAAGGAUGAGAUAACGCAAUCGCUUAGCUGCCGUUCCGCAUGCGACACUGUCAAGUGCGGACCACGCGCCGUUUGCAUUACGAACAACCAUCAGGCACAGUGCCAAUGCCCACCAGGACCCUACGCUGGCGAUCCCAAUGAUCCCUUUAAUGGCUGCAAGAGCGUGCCCUGUGUCUAUAAUCAUGACUGUCCAACCAAUCAAAUGUGCAAUCGCAUGACACACACCUGCUACGACGUGUGCGACGAGGAAUCGUGUGGAGAGAAUGCCAUUUGCCUGGCCGAGGAUCAUCGCGCCGUCUGUCAAUGCCCGCCCGGCUAUCGUGGCAAUCCCUUGCCUGAAGUCGCCUGCGUGAAACAGAGCGGCUGUGCGGCCGGCAGCUGCCAUACUACGGCAAUAUGUGAGGUGACACCCGAGGGAGCCACUUGCAAGUGUCCGCCACUAUUUGUGGGCGAGCCACAGACCAAUAGCAGAGGCUGCCGUCCGGAUGGUCAGUGCCCCAAUGGCGAUGCUGACUGUCCGGCGAAUACCAUCUGCGCUGGUGGCCGCUGCCUAAAUCCCUGCGACAAUGCCUGUGGCUCGAAUGCGGACUGCAAAGUAGUCAAUCGCAAACCGGUUUGCAGCUGUCCCCUGCGCUUCCAACCCAUCUCCGAGUCGGCCAAGAACGGCUGUGAGCGCAGUGCCUCCAAAUGUCUCACGGAUGUGGAUUGUGGUGGGCAAUUAUGCUACAAUGGUCAAUGCCGUGUGGCUUGCCGCAACACACAGGACUGCUCCGAUGGUGAGCGCUGCGAGGGAAAUGUUUGCGUUGUCACCUGCCUGGACCAUAGUCAGUGCGCUAAAGGACUUGCCUGUCUGGAAGGCCACUGCGCCAUCGGCUGUCGCAGUAACAAGGAGUGCAAACAGGAGCAGUCGUGCAUUGGCAACAAUUGCCUUGAUCCCUGUCUAUCAAGCACAAGUUGCGGUCCCAAUGCGCUCUGCAGCAUACACCAGCAUCGCAGCCAGUGCGCCUGCCCGGAUGGAUUCGAGGGUAACCCAACGCCCGAGCAGGGUUGCGUGCGCGUACCAACACCCUGUCAGGCCACCAAUCAAUGCCCCAGCGGUCACAUGUGCAUUGGCAACCAGUGUAAUCUGCCCUGCACAAAGACCUCGGCCUGCGCCGUGGGAGAACGCUGCUAUCAACAAGUAUGUCGCAAGGUCUGCUACACCAGCAACAACUGUCUAGCUGGGGAAAUUUGUAACAGCGAUCGAACUUGCCAGCCUGGCUGUGAAUCGGACGCGGAUUGCCCACCCACCGAGCUGUGCUUGAGCGGUAAAUGCAAGUGCGCCAGUGGUUUCAUUGGCACCCCCUUCGGUUGCUCGGAUAUUAAUGAGUGUACGGAACAGCCCUGCCAUGCCAGUGCCAAGUGCGAGAAUGUGCCCGGCUCCUAUCGUUGCGUCUGCCCCGAGGGCACCGUUGGAGAUGGUUAUACGCAACAGGGCUGCGUACAACCCCGACAAUGUCAUAAGCACGAGGAUUGCGCGAAUAGCUUGUCCUGCAUACACGGCAAGUGCACAGAUCCCUGUCUGCAUACUGUGUGUGGCGCAAACGCUCAUUGCCAGGCGGAGGCGCAUCAGUCGAUGUGCAGCUGUCCCGCUGGCUAUCUAGGUGAUCCCAAUGACACAGGUGUCGGCUGCUUCAAGGUGGAGUGCAUUGAUCAUGUGGAUUGCGCUAGCGAUCGUGCAUGCGAUGCGGAAACCAAUCGUUGCAUCAAACCCUGUGAUCUAACCAGCUGUGGUAAGGGAAGCUGCCAAGUGUUGGAUCAUAAGGCCAUAUGCGAAUGCAACGAGGGCUACCAGCUAGUCAAUGGCGUCUGCGAGGAUAUCAACGAGUGCCUGACCCAGCCCUGUCACAGCACUGCCUUUUGCGACAAUCUUCCCGGCAAUUACAUUUGUAAGUGUCCCGAGGGGCUCAUCGGCGAUCCGCUUCAGACGGGCUGUCGCGAUCCUAGCGAAUGUCUUAGCGAUGCUGACUGUCCCGCUACGGCCAGCUGUCAGAAUUCACGCUGUCGCAGUCCAUGUGAGCACCAGAAUGCAUGCGGCCUCAAUUCCAACUGCGAAGCAAAGUUGCACAGGGCCAUUUGCAGCUGUCCGGCCAACUCACGUGGCGAUCCGCAGGUGGAGUGCGUGCACAUUGAAUGCGCCGACAAUGGUGACUGUGCCGCUGACAAAGCCUGUCUGGAUGCCAAGUGUAUAGAUCCCUGCUCGCUACCCAAUGCUUGUGGAGCGCUGGCUCACUGUUCCGUCCAAAAUCACAUUGGGCUGUGCGCCUGCGAGUCGGGUAGCACCGGAGAUGCCAAGCAAGGCUGUGUGUCGCUGCAGUACUGUCAAAAAGAUGCACAGUGCCCUCAGGGCAGCAUCUGCGCCCAUGGCAUCUGUAGUCCACUGUGUAGCAGUAAUCGUGAUUGCAUUUCGGAGCAGCUCUGUCUGCAGGGUGUAUGCCAACCCACAUGCAAGUCAAACAGCACCUGUCCACAGUUCCAGUUCUGCCAGAACAACAUUUGUGCCAAGGAGCUCGAAUGCACCAUCGACAGCGAUUGCGGUGAAGACGAAACCUGCCUAGUUGACGCCUAUGGACGUGCCCACUGUGAAUCGGUUUGCCUGGGACGCGCCGCUUGUGGCCGCAACGCGGAGUGUGUGGCCCGAUCUCAUGCUCCCGAUUGCGUUUGCAAGGAGGGCUUCUUUGGGGAUGCACGCUCCGGCUGUCGCAAGAUCGAGUGCAACAGCGAUGAGGACUGCUCAAACGAUAAGAGCUGCGAUAAUCAUAUGUGCAAGAUCGCCUGUCUUAUUGGCCAGCCGUGUGGAGAGAAUGCGCUCUGCACAACGGAGAAUCAUCGCCAGGUAUGUCACUGUCAGCCCGGCUUCAGUGGUGAUCCGCGCGUACACUGCGACGUUAUCGAUUUUUGUAAGGACGCGCCGUGCGGACCCGGCGCACGUUGUCGCAAUUCGCGUGGCUCUUACAAAUGCACCUGUCCACCCGCUCUCGUCGGUGAUCCUUACAAUGAGGGCUGCCGCAGCUCCGUCGAAUGCGAGACGCACGACGAUUGUCCCCCGCAUGCUGCAUGCACCAAGACUAACGGUGUGCCCAAGUGCCAAGACGUGUGCGCCCAUCUACAAUGUGGCCCCAAUGCGGAAUGUGUUCCGAAAGGUCAUGUGGCGCACUGUGCAUGCCGCAAUGGCUACGACGGCCAACCCGCUGACCGGGUGGCCGGCUGCAAGCCAUUGCCAGUGCCCUGCCAAAUCACUAGCGAUUGCCCCACCAACACAUACUGCUCAGAUAGCGUGUGUAAACCUGCCUGCUUCCUGGACACUGAGUGUGGUCCAUCGGAGGUGUGCCAGGGCGGCCAAUGCUUCGAUCCCUGCCAGCAGCCGCAGGCAUGCGGUCAGAAUGCCGAGUGCCAGAUGCACAGCCAUGUGAAACAGUGCCAUUGCCCCGAGGGCUUCACCGGCGAUGCGGGUAAGGAGUGUGUGCGUGUGCCGGUCGCCUGCGAUGGUGACUGUUCGCCAGGAUACACAUGUCGCGAUUCGAUGUGCCUGCCCGUCUGCCACAACGAUCUUGAGUGUGCGUCUAACGAGAAGUGCCUGCGUGGCAACUGCAUGCUGACCUGUCGCGUGGACAACGAUUGCUUCUUGGGCCAUGUUUGUCUGCAUAAUAAGUGCGUGUAUGGCUGUCACGUCGAUGACGACUGCAGUGCUUCCGAGUCCUGCCGUAACGACAAGUGCAUUAAUCCCUGUCUUGAGAAUCCCUGCGGUCCCAAUGCCGCCUGCUCGGUGUCCAAUCAUCGCGCAAGCUGCAGCUGCCUGGACAACAUGGUGCCCAACCCCACACCGCAAGUGGGUUGCGUGCGCACUCCACCACUCGAGUGCCACGAGAAUCGCGACUGCAGCAAAGGCCUGGCCUGUUUUGAGUCCGUGUGUCGUCCACUCUGCGCCGAUGAUGCCGGUUGUUUAACCAACGAGCGCUGCCAGCAGGGCGUCUGUAAGCCGCUCUGUCGCCAUGACAACGAGUGUGCCAAUGGCGAACUCUGUCUGGGUCUCAACUGCGUCACUGGAUGUCGCUCCGAUCAAAGUUGCCCCAACCAUUUGGCCUGUAUUGGCCAGCAAUGCGUCGAUCCCUGCUCAGAGCCGACAGCAUGUGGCACUAAUGCCCAUUGCCAGGCCAUCGACCAUCACAAGCAAUGUACCUGCCCCGAGGGACUCAGUGGUAAUGCCAACGUGCUUUGCAAGGCACCACGCACUGCCUGUGGUCGCAACGAGGACUGUGAAUCAAAUCAAUUGUGCUACGCCGGCAGCUGCCAGGGCAAGUGCCGCAACGAUCAGAACUGUCUCUCGGAUGAGCGCUGUAUGCGCGGCACUUGCCGCACCGUCUGCAACACGGACAGCGCCUGUGCUCAGGGUCAAAUUUGUGAAAAUCGCGUCUGCCAGACUGGCUGCCGCAACGAUCUCAGCUGUGCCAGCGAGGAGGCUUGCGUUAAUAAGAUGUGCCAGAAUCCCUGCCAAACACCAGGUCAGUGCGGCCAAUGCGCCGAAUGUCUGGUCAUCAAUCAUGGCGUACAAUGCCAGUGUCCGGCUACCUUUAUUGGUGACGGCCUUACCGGUUGCCAGUUGCCACCCGAGCGUUGCCAUCCAGGCUGCGAAUGUGACGAAAGCGGAGGCUACUGCGCUGCGAAAUGCAGUCGAUCCGAAGACUGCGCCUGUGGACAGCAGUGCGCACGUGGCAAGUGCCGCAACAAGUGCGGCGCCAAGCGCCAGUGUACCGUGGGACAGCUAUGUGAACGGGGCGCUUGCAUCGCAGGCUGCAAAUCGAACGGAGACUGUGCUGCCGACCAGAGCUGCGCCAAUGGAAAAUGCGUUGAUCCUUGUGCUGAUGAUAAGGCCUGUGGACGCAAUGCGCUGUGCACAGUGUCGGAGCAUCGCAUGCUGUGCUACUGCCCCGACGGCUAUGAAGGCGAACCCAGCAAGGAGUGCGUGCAGUUCGAGUGCCGUCAGGAUAGCGAUUGCGAGUCAAGCAAACGCUGCGAUCAAGGCAAGUGUCGCAAUCCCUGCCUGGAAUAUGGUGCUUGUGGCACCAAUGCUCAAUGUCGUGUGGUUAAUCGCAAGGCGCAAUGCUCGUGCCCGCCAGAUUUCUUCGGUAAUCCGGCCAGUGAAUGCCAGCCUCUGGAUGGUGGCUGCUCCAACAAUCCAUGCGGCGUGAAUUCCAAGUGCAUUGAGGUGCCCGGCGGCUACGAGUGUGCUUGCAUGGAUGGCUGCAUGGGAGAUGCGCAUAAGGGUUGCCUUUGCGAAGAACAGUUGGUAAAUGCCUGCCAUGAGCAACCCUGCGGCCAGAAUGCCGCCUGCCGUGUGCUCCGCAACAAUCAAGCCGAAUGCUACUGCCCCGAGGACUUCCCUAAUGGCGAUGCCUAUGUGCAUUGCUAUGUGACACCACUGCAAGAGGACUGCCGAACGCGAGGCUGUGAUGUAGGCGACUGUGUGCGCCAGGGUUACGAAUAUGUGUGUCAACGGGACACCGAACAAUGCUACUCAGAUACGGAUUGUCCCAGUGAAAAAUCAUGCCUACAAGGACACUGCACCGAUCCUUGUACAAUGCGUGGCGCGUGUGGCACAAAUGCACUAUGUCAGACUGUGCUGCAUCGUCCACGCUGCUCUUGUCCCAACUGUCACAUAGGUCGACCCGAGGUCGAGUGCAAGCCGGAUCCAAAAUGUGUGCCAGACGACACAGACCCCAAGACAAAGGAUCAAAUAACAUGCACCAGCGAUGCCGAAUGUCCAGAGACCUUGCAGUGCGGCCAAUAUGGCCAAUGCACAGAUCCUUGCAACAAUCCACUGUUCAUCUGCGAAAGUAACAAAAAGUGCGAGACCCGUCGCCACCAGCCCGUUUGCAUAUGCAAAUCAGGCUUCAUAGUCAAUGAGUAUGGUGAAUUGACCUGUGCACCGGAUAAGCGUGAAUGCUAUCGCGAUGAUGACUGUGCCUCGAAUAUGGCCUGCACGGAUGGCAAGUGUCGCAACCCGUGCAUUGUACCACUGGGCCGUGCACCAAUUUGCGCAGAGAAUAAGUCCUGUGAAGUACAGGAUCAUAAGCCAGUAUGCAUUUGCAUGCGAGAUUGCCAGCCAUCGAUAUCGAUUUGCUUGCGCGAUGCUGGCUGUCCGGCAGGCUUAGCCUGCCGCAAUUAUCAGUGCGUCGAUCCGUGCAAGUUUGCCACGUGCGCACCCAACUCGCCAUGCAUUGUAGAGGAUCACAAGCCGAUAUGUAAAUUCUGCCCAACUGGAUUUAUAGCCGAUGCAUAUGGAUGUCAAAAAGAAAUUGGUUGUGCCUCUAGCGAUGAGUGCCCUACUCAACAGGCAUGUGUAAAUGCGCUUUGCGUGGAUCCCUGCGCAUUUGCGAAUCCCUGCGGUCGCAGUGAGGAUUGUCGCGUAAUUGCCCAUCAACCAGUUUGUGCCAGCGUCUGUGAAUGUCAGCGAAAAUCUGAUUGUCACAACGGUUUCGAGUGUGAUGGUUGUCACUGCCAAGAUACAACAGGUCGCACUCCUGGCUGCGACCACUGUCCGCCAGGCGCAAAGUGCGAUCCUACAACUGGCGCCUGUAUUAAAGAACCUCCGGGCACACCCAAAACACCAGAGCCAUGUCAAUCGAACAACGAUUGUAUUGAAAGCGAAGCCUGCUAUAUGGGUCUGUGCCAUAAUCCCUGUGAAUUUGCUAAAGUAUGUGCUUCGAGUGCCAAGUGUACGGCGAAGAGUCAUCGACCCAUAUGCACCUGCCCACAGGGCCAUGAGGGCAAUCCGAUGGUCAAGUGUGUGUCCACCAAAACGUCAAUCGAAUGCACAGACAAUUCGGAUUGCGGAGUUACAGAAGCCUGUAUCAAUGAUCGUUGCCAGCAUCCGUGCGAUGUGCAUGAUCCUUGCGCCGAGAAUGCUGUUUGUAUCAACUCAAAUCAUGCGACCGAUUGCAGUUGUGUGGAUGGCUAUCAGGGCAACGGUCUUAUCGGUUGCCAGCCAGCACGCACACACGUUUGCCAAUACAACGAGGAUUGUCCACCCAAUAAGCUAUGCGAUCGCCUCAAUCGUCGUUGCAUCAAUCCCUGCCAAGAGGAUUCCUGUGGCGAGAACGCCGAAUGUGUACCGGUCAACCAUGGCAUCGACUGCCGCUGUUUGCCCGGCUACUUGGGUAAUGCCUAUGUUUUAUGCCAACAAUCUUUGGGUUGUCGCGCCGAUUCGGAAUGUGAUGCCAGUCAGGCAUGCAUCAACGGCAAGUGCACAUCGCCUUGUCAAUGUGGUGCCUAUGCCCUAUGCGAAGUGAUUAACCAUCGUGGCCUAUGCAAGUGCCCACCUGGAUACAAUGGAAACCCAGAGGUGGGUUGCAGUCCGCCACAGAAUCCAUGCGAUCCCAACCCAUGCGGUUUGAAUGCGCAGUGUGAGCUUGAUAAUGGCAAUCCCAUAUGCUUCUGCCCUAAGGGACUCACCGGUAAUCCCUUCAAAAAUUGCAUACCCGAGGGCGAUGAGUGCAUUCCAAAUCCAUGCGGUCCCAACUCUGGCUGUCGACGUGUCAACGGCGCUCCGAUUUGCUUCUGUUUGCCUGAAUACGAGGGUCAGCCUCCACAGAUAGCUUGUGAGCUACCUUCUAAUCCGUGCGAACCCUCGCCAUGUGGUCCUAACACUCAGUGUGCAGUACUGAGCAACGGAUUCUCCAAGUGCACCUGCUUGCCUGGAUAUGUGGAGAGCCCCAACACAAUACGCGGCUGCGUGGAGCCCAUUAAUCCCUGUGAACCAAAUCCUUGCGGCACUGGCGCCAUUUGCGACUCAUCACGCCAGCCCGUAUGCUACUGUCCGGACAACAAGAUUGGCAAUCCCUUCAGAAUUUGCGAGAAGCCUGCCGUUUCUAUCGAAUUGUGUCAGCCUGGGCCAUGUGGUCGCAAUGCCGACUGCUAUGUGGCGGGCAAUCGGGAGGAAUGCUACUGUCGUUCGGGCUAUAUUGGAGAUGCCUAUCAGGGAUGCCGUGAACCAAGUCGAACUGUUUGCGAUCCUAACCCCUGCGGACCCAAUGCCAAUUGCGUUGUUGCUGGCGAUGGUCAGACCGCUUGCGUCUGUCCGGAAGGCCUCUCUGGCGACCCAACAUCGCUUGUCGGCUGCCAUGGAUACGAAUGUCAAGUGGAUACCGAUUGUCCGCAAAGUAAGGCUUGCAUGGGUUUCCGCUGCUACGAUCCAUGCCCAGGCGCCUGCGGCCAUGGAGCCAAUUGCCGCGUGGAACAACAUCAUCCGGUGUGCUCUUGCAAUGCGGGCCUAACUGGAAAUCCUGGCGUGCGCUGCUAUGCCCUGGACCAACCCAAGGCAAACCCAUGUUUGCCAAGUCCGUGCGGCCUAAAUAGCGAGUGCAAGUUGCUGAAUAAUCGCGCUGUCUGCUCUUGUCUAUCUGGAUAUCUGGGCGAUCCCCAAUCCGGCUGUCGUCCGGAAUGCGAUAUCAAUUCGGACUGCGGAGAGUCACUGUCCUGUAUCAAUCACAAGUGUAUAGAUCCUUGUGCUGGCACCAUCUGCGGCAUUAAUGCAAUUUGUAAUGUACGCCAACAUACGCCAGUUUGUCAUUGUUUGGAUGGAUUUGCUGGAGAUGCUUUCCUGCAGUGCGUGCCUAUCGGUAUUGUGAAAAACGAUUCCCGUGAUCCUUGUGCGCCCUCACCUUGUGGACCCAAUGAUGUGUGCUCCGUCUUUGGUGAUGGUGUUGCACUCUGUGAUCCUUGCUUUGGCCCCAAUGCCCAGCAGAAUCCUCGAUGCCGACCCGAAUGUAUUGCCAAUUCGGACUGUCCCUUCGAUCGCGCAUGUUUAAGUCAACGCUGUUUGGAUCCCUGCCCAGGCUCAUGUGGACGCAACGCCGUUUGCAAUGUUUACGAGCAUAAUCCAGUAUGUGCUUGCCCCACCGGACUCUAUGGAAAUCCCUACGAGCAGUGCUCACCACCCUCACCCAUUGUACCAACGCCUUCGGCUAGUUGUGCAAAACUGCAGUGUGGACCUAAUUCUGACUGCAAGCGACAGAGUGGUGGUCUAACUUGCAUUUGCCGCAAGGGCUACUUCGGUAAUCCCUACAUAGGCUGUCGUCCAGAGUGUGUGCUCAACAGCGAUUGUGCGGCAGACAAAUCUUGUGUGAAUUCCAAGUGCGUGGACACCUGCAACGGGGUCUGUGGCAUUAAUGCCGUGUGCCGUGUUGUCAACCAUGCUCCAGUUUGUGUGUGUGCCGAAGGUUAUAGCGGCGAUGCAUUUGUGGCCUGCAAUCCAUACUACCUGCCGCCAGUGACACCUGAGCGUCGCAAUCCGUGCGAACCCUCACCCUGUGGUCCUAACUCUCGUUGUUUGGCUUCUGCUGAUGGAUAUGCGGCGUGUUCCUGUCUGCCCAACUUCAAGGGUGCUCCACCAGUUUGCCAGCCAGAGUGCGUGGUCAGCUCGGAGUGUGCGCCUAGUCAGGCAUGCAUUAAUCAACGCUGUGCUGAUCCCUGUCCAGGCACUUGCGGCAGCGAUGCUCGCUGUGAGGUGCUGAAUCACAACCCGAUUUGCUCAUGUGAGGCACAUUUUGAGGGUGAUCCGUUUGUGGCAUGCUCGCGGGUACCGGAACCUCCUAUAGAUGGCAAAUCACCAACAAAUCCUUGUGUGCCAUCACCAUGCGGUCCCAACUCAAUAUGCCAGAUCAAACAGAACCGACCAGUAUGUUCUUGUGUGGCUAACUACAUUGGCAGUCCCCCAUACUGCCGACCCGAGUGCACGCUGAGUAGUGAAUGCCCCGCCGACAAGGCCUGCAUACAUGAAAAGUGUCAGAAUCCAUGCGACAAUACUUGUGGACACAAUGCCCGCUGCACAGUUGUUGCACACUCAGCUCAUUGUAGCUGUGAUUCGGGCUACAAGGGUGACGCCUUCGUGGGAUGUUCAAAGGUCAUAGAAGAGAAGCCACAUGAUCACAUUAAUCCGUGCUAUCCGAAUCCAUGCGCCGAGAAUGCAGUGUGCACACCGCACAAUGGCGCCGCUCGCUGCAGUUGCAUUGAGCCCUACAAUGGUGAUCCCUACAGCACCGGCUGUCGUCCAGAAUGUAUCUACAACUCAGAAUGCCCUUCGUCACUGGCUUGCAUUAAGCAGCACUGUCGCAAUCCAUGCACUGGCGCCUGCGGACCCAAUUCAGAGUGUGCGGUAGUAAAUCAUUUGCCCACUUGCAGUUGCACGCGUGGUUUCGAAGGUGAUCCGUUCGUGGGCUGCAAACGCACGCCCAUUGGACCUAUUAGUGUUUGUGAACCAAAUCCUUGUGGAUCGAACAGCAUAUGCCGUACAGUAGAGGGUCAUCCCGCAUGUAGCUGCCAGGUUGGCUACUUUGGUGCACCGCCCUCUUGCCGACCGGAGUGUGUGGUCAGCUCGGAGUGUGCACAACAUUUGGCAUGUAUCAAUCAGAAGUGCGCUGAUCCAUGCAGUGGCACAUGCGGUUUCAAUGCCAAGUGCCAAGUGAACAAUCAUAAUCCCAUCUGCACGUGCCCCAAUGAAUACGUGGGAGAUCCAUUCGAACAAUGUGUACCUAAACCUCCUCCACAUGCACCAAUUAAUCCCUGCCUACCAAACCCGUGCGGACCAAAUGCCAAGUGUCGCGAUGUAAAUAAUCGUGCUGAGUGUUCCUGUUUACCUGGCAUGUUCGGUGCGCCGCCCAGCUGCCGACCCGAGUGUAUCAUUAAUCAAGACUGUCCCUCAAAUCGAGCCUGCAUACACCAGCGCUGCGAGGAUCCUUGCAUCGGCACUUGUGGCUUCAAUGCGCUGUGCACCACACAGCAUCACCAGCCCAAGUGCAGUUGCCUUGACGGUUACGAGGGCGAUCCCUAUACUGGCUGCAAUAUGCAUCAAAUUGUGGUGCCCGAUCUGCCCUCUGAUCCAUGCUAUCCAUCGCCAUGUGGUGCAAAUGCCAUUUGUCGCGAACGCAACGGUGCCGGCUCAUGCAGCUGUAUUCAGAACUAUUUUGGUGAUCCAUACAUAAAUUGCCGACCCGAAUGUGUACAGAACAGCGAUUGUCCCGAUAUCAAGGCCUGCAUCAAUAUGAAGUGUCGCGAUCCCUGUGCCAAUGCUUGUGGCUUUAACGCGAUUUGUCGCGUUGCUCAUCAUCAGCCCGUAUGCAGUUGUGACCCAGGUUUCACAGGCAAUCCCCUGCGUGCCUGCAUCGAAAAGCCCACAAAUAUGUACCUGCCAUUACCCAAAGAUCCAUGCAGACCUUCACCCUGCGGCCUCUUUAGCACUUGUCAUGUGGUUGGCAGUCGUCCAGUCUGCGCUUGCUUGCCAGACUAUAUGGGCAGUCCGCCCAAUUGCAAACCCGAGUGUCUGACAAGUGCAGAGUGCUCCUCAGAUAGGGCCUGCAUGAAUCAGAGAUGCCGUGAUCCGUGCCCUGGCACCUGUGGUUAUAAUGCGCGCUGUCGCACCACCAACCAUUCGCCCAUUUGCAGCUGUAAUGAUGGCUACACUGGUGACCCAUUCCAUCAGUGUGUGCCCGAGCGAAAGCCAUCGCCCAUACCAGACCCCAUACAACCGCCAAACCCCUGUGUGCCCUCUCCCUGUGGCCCCAACUCGCAGUGUCAGGCCGCAAGUAGCGGCGCUGUCUGUGCCUGUAUUAAUAACUACAUAGGACGUCCGCCGGCCUGUCGCCCCGAAUGCACCAUCAACUCUGAGUGUUCGGCCCGUAUGGCUUGCAUGAAUUCACGCUGCGCUGAUCCUUGCAUUGCCGCAUGCGGCAAUAACGCGCUCUGUCAUGUUAGCUUCCAUGCACCUGUGUGCAUGUGCCAGCCAGGCUACACGGGAGAUCCCUUCUCCGGAUGUUACCAGAUUUUGGAAACACCGAUAGAAACUACACAACCCUGUCGACCCAGUCCCUGUGGCCUGAACGCUCAAUGCGAGGAGCGCAAUCGCGCUGCGUCCUGCAAAUGCUUACCCGAAUACUUCGGCGACCCAUAUGUCGAAUGCCGACCCGAGUGUGUGAUCAACUCCGAUUGUCCCAAAUCGCGUGCCUGCGUCAACCAGAAGUGUGUCGAUCCGUGUCCGGGCAUGUGCGGCCACAGCGCUCUGUGCACCGUAUUUAAUCAUGCGCCCAACUGCGAAUGCCUGCCAGGCUAUACAGGAAAUCCCAUUGUUGGCUGUCAUCUAGUGCCUGAAACGCCACGCUAUCCCGAUCCAAUUGUGCCAGAAAACCCAUGCCAACCCUCACCAUGCGGUCUAUAUAGCAACUGCCGUGCACUCAAUGGUCAUGCAGUCUGCUCGUGUGUGCCCAAUUAUGUUGGCGCACCACCCAACUGUCGGCCCGAAUGCAUGAGCAGUUCGGAGUGCGGCCAGGACAAGUCGUGUAUCAACGAGCGCUGCAAAGAUCCCUGCCCUGGUACAUGCGGCAAUAAUGCACUCUGCCGCGUCGUCAAUCACAACCCCAUUUGCUCCUGCAGCCCUGGUUACAGUGGUGAUCCGUUCGUACGCUGUUUACCCCAAGAACAACGCCCCAAUAUAAACGAUCGCAUCAAUCCAUGUGUGCCCUCGCCAUGUGGACCCAGCUCACAGUGUAGGGUGGCUAAUGAGCAACCUGUGUGCUCAUGCUUGCAACAUUAUGUGGGAAGGGCGCCAAAUUGCCGACCCGAGUGCACCUCGAACUCCGAGUGCUCUGGCAAUAUGGCUUGCAUCAAUCUACGCUGUCAGGAUCCCUGUGUGGGCACCUGCGGCAGUCAGACCACUUGCCUUGUAAAUAAUCAUAGACCAAUCUGCCGCUGCCUUGAUGGCUAUGUCGGCAAUCCAUUCUCUGAGUGUAGUCCACAAAUUAUUGUGCCACCAGAAAUUGCCGAGCCCUGUAACCCUAAUCCCUGUGGCGCCAAUGCCGUUUGCAAGGAACGCAAUAGCAUUGGCUCCUGUACCUGUCUGCCCGAAUACAGUGGGGAUCCGUACACAGAGUGCCGUCCGGAAUGUGUGCUGAACAGCGACUGUUCGAAGAAUCGCGCGUGCCUCAACAACAAGUGCCGAGAUCCCUGUCCAGGCGUCUGCGGCGUUGCUGCCGAAUGUCACGUUAUUAAUCACUCUCCCAGCUGCAGUUGCCCAUCCGGCUUUACGGGCAACCCCUCACAGUACUGCCGAGAAAUACCGAAACUGGCUCCCCCUGUCCAACCUUGUCAACCAUCACCGUGCGGUCCCUAUAGCCAAUGCCGUGAAGUGAAUGGCCAUGCAGUCUGCUCAUGCGUUACCAACUAUAUUGGUGCACCACCCGCUUGUCGUCCCGAGUGCUCGGUUAGCUCCGAGUGCGCGCAAGAUAGGGCGUGCAUGAACUUGCGCUGUGUAGACCCAUGUCCAGGCACUUGCGGCAACGAAGCUGUUUGCAAGGUGACCAAUCAUAAUCCGAUUUGCUCCUGCCCAGUUGGUUAUAGUGGUGAUCCGUUUGUGCGUUGCACACCCUGGCAACAAGAACCCGAAACACCCAAGUCAAAUGAGAAUCCUUGCGUGCCAAGUCCCUGCGGUCCCAACUCGCAGUGCCGUGUUGUUGACGAGACAGGCGUCUGCUCCUGCCUGCCUAACUAUAUUGGACGUGCUCCAAAUUGCCGCCCUGAAUGCACGCAAAACUCAGAAUGCCCGGCUAAUUUGGCCUGCAUUAACGAACGUUGCAAGGAUCCAUGUCCCGGCUCCUGUGGCUUUAAUGCCUACUGCAACGUAGUGAAUCAUUCACCAGUUUGCACCUGCGAAACCGGCUAUUCUGGCGAUCCAUUUGCUGGCUGCAAUCCCCAAAUUAUCGCUCCACCCGAAGAACGUUUGACACCCUGCGUACCCUCACCAUGCGGCCCGAAUGCUGAGUGUCGGGAACGCAAUGGCGCCGGCUCCUGUACUUGCCUGGCCGAAUAUUUCGGUGAUCCGUACAGUGGCUGUCGUCCGGAAUGCGUGGUAAACAGUGAUUGUCCACGCGACAGAUCCUGCAUCAACCAGAAAUGUGCGGACCCUUGUCCGGGCGUUUGUGGCUUGAAUGCGGAAUGCCGCGUUUCCAAUCAUUUGCCCAGCUGCACCUGCUUAGCCGGCUACACUGGAAAUCCAUCGAGUGCCUGCCGCGAAAUUCCACAAUUGCCCGCACCACCUAUAAUCCAUGAAAAUCCAUGCGUGCCCUCACCAUGCGGUCCGUACAGUCAAUGUCGCGAGAUAAACAACCAUGCCGUGUGCUCAUGUCAGCCCAGUUAUAUUGGCUCGGCGCCCAACUGUAGGCCCGAAUGCAUUGUUAGCUCAGAUUGCGCUCAAGAUCUAAACUGUCAGAAUCAGAAGUGCGUGGAUCCAUGUCCAGGCACUUGUGGCAUCGAGGCGCGUUGCCAGGUCAUUAACCACUAUCCUGCAUGUUCCUGUGCCCCAGGCUAUACUGGAGAUCCCUUCAAUAGAUGCACUCGAAUUAUAUUGGAGCAAACACCCAAAGAAUCUGGUAAUCCCUGUGUGCCCUCACCCUGCGGACCAAACUCCAAAUGCGUCGAUGUGCGCGGUUCGCCUGCAUGCUCCUGCCUGCCCGACUAUCUCGGAAGGCCACCCAAUUGUCGGCCUGAAUGCACGACUAGUCCCGACUGUCCAGCCAACUUGGCCUGUGUAAACCAGCGCUGCGCUAAUCCAUGUGCCGGUGCAUGUGGCAUACACUCACUGUGUACUGUUAUCAAGCAUAAUCCGAACUGUCAAUGCGAGCCUGGUUACACCGGAGAUCCAUUCUCUGGCUGUGCUAUUAUACAACAAAUCACGUCAACGGAAGCACCACGUAAUCCCUGCAAUCCAAGUCCGUGCGGUGCCAACGCCAUCUGCCGCGAACGCAAUGGUGCUGGCUCCUGCGCAUGCAUGCCCGAGUACUUUGGUGAUCCGUACAGUGGCUGUCGACCGGAGUGUGUACAAAACGCCGAUUGCGAUCGCUCACGUGCCUGCAUCAACAACAAAUGUCAGGAUCCAUGUCCCGGAGUCUGCGGCAUUAACGCCGAAUGCCGAGUUCUGAACCAUGCACCCAAUUGCAUGUGCUUCGAUGGUUACACCGGCGAUCCACAUCGCUCAUGCGCGUUGAUUGAAAUGGUCAUCCGUCAUCCGGAGAAUCCCUGCCAGCCCUCACCAUGUGGACCCAAUAGCCUGUGUCAUGAUACAAACAGCCAUGCAGUAUGCAGCUGCGUGGAGGGUUACAUUGGAGCCCCACCUAGUUGCAAACCCGAAUGUGUGGUUAGCUCAGAGUGCGCGCAGAAUCGUGCCUGCAUCAAUCAGAAAUGCGAUGAUCCCUGCCGUAACGCUUGUGGGGAAAAUGCCAAGUGCCAAGUAGUCAAUCACAAUCCCAUCUGCAGUUGUGUGCCAGGCAUGACUGGUGAUCCCAUCUCAGGCUGCGUUCAGGAUGUGGGCAAGAGCACCGAGAAUCCAUGUGUACCAUCGCCUUGUGGACCGAACUCCAUUUGCCGCGAGAUUGGACAACAGGCUGCAUGCUCCUGCCAGGCCAACUAUAUUGGACGACCGCCCGCCUGUCGACCAGAAUGCACUAACAACGACGAAUGCCAAAAUAAUCUCUCGUGCCAGCAAGAGCGUUGCAUCAACCCGUGUCCUGGCUCAUGUGGCAGCAACGCCAUCUGCCAGGUUGUACAGCACAAUGCGGUCUGCUCCUGCGCCGAUGGCUAUGAAGGCGAUCCGUUGUUUGGAUGCCAGCAGGUGGCACCAGUGUUGACAACGCAACGUCCCACAUCACCCUGCGAACCGUCGCCCUGUGGCCCCCAUGCCGAGUGCCGCGAACGGAAUGGUGCCGGUGCCUGCUAUUGUCACGAUGGCUUCGAGGGUAAUCCCUACGAUGCACAGCGAGGCUGUCGUCGCGAAUGCGAAAUCAACGACGAGUGUAGUCCAGCACAGGCAUGCGUGCGCUUUAAGUGCAUUGAUCCCUGUGCCAAUAUGUGUGGCGAGUAUGCCAUUUGUACAGUAGAUAACCAUGUGCCCACCUGUACUUGCCCGGCGGGCUACAGUGGUGAUCCGUUCUUCAGUUGCCGACCUGUGCCGGUAACACCGCCACCACCUGUGAAUCCCUGCGUGCCAUCACCUUGCGGUCCGAAUAGUAACUGUCGCAGCAUCAACAAUCAAGCUGUAUGCUCGUGCCAGUCCGGUUUUGUCAAUCAACCACCCAACUGCCGUCCUGAGUGCGUUGUCAGCGCUGAAUGUGCUCCAGAGCGAGCUUGCGUUAACAACAAGUGCGUUGAUCCAUGCUUACACACGUGUGGCAUACGCGCUAUCUGUAGCACCAAGAACCACAGCCCCAUCUGUACGUGCCCCCGCGGUAUGACUGGUGAUCCGUUUGUGCAGUGCUCCAAGAUACCCAUUACCCACGUUGUAACCACACCCGAACCACCCGCACCUUCCUGCGUACCAUCCCCUUGCGGGCCAAACUCCAAGUGCCAAAUUGUUGGCGGUAGUCCGGCUUGCUCUUGCCUUCCGGACUUUAUAGGAGCACCACCGCGUUGCCGGCCAGAGUGCGUGCUGAACUCGGAAUGUGGGCCCACAGAGGCGUGUAUCAAUCAAAAAUGUCGCGAUCCGUGUCCCGGCUCGUGCGGCUUUGAAGCCAAGUGCCAUGUACUGAACCAUUUGCCAAUCUGUAACUGCAUCGAAGGCUACAGUGGCGAUCCAUUCAUACGUUGUAGUAAGCUGCCAGAUACAAAGGUAGUACAGCGCCCCGACGACCCAUGCAGUCCCAAUCCCUGCGGACCAAAUGCUGACUGCUUUGGCGGUGAAUGCCGCUGCCAGAACAACUAUCAAGGUAAUCCCUACGAAGGCUGCCGACCCGAAUGCACACUGUCCGCCGAUUGUUCCAGAGAUAAGGCUUGCAUGCGCAACAAAUGUGUGGAUCCCUGCCCGGGCACCUGCGGCAAUAAUGCCGUCUGUGAAGUGAUGAAUCACAUACCAGUCUGCUCAUGCCAACAGGGCUACGAGGGUGAUCCGUUUACCAACUGCCGUCUAAAACCGAUUGAACCUACGCUCGAGAUCAAAGCCUGCUCACCGACGCCCUGUGGCGCUAAUAGUCAGUGUCGCGAUGUCAAUGGGCAUGCUGUCUGCUCAUGCUUGGAUGGCUUCAUUGGAGUACCUCCACAAUGCCGGCCAGAAUGCGUCGUAUCCAGCGAAUGCUCAGCAAUGCAAGCAUGUGUCAAUAGGAAAUGCGUGGAUCCCUGCGCAGGUGUGUGUGGCAUCGAUUCGCGUUGUGAGGUUAUCAAUCACAGUCCUAUCUGCGGCUGCCCACCAGGCACAACUGGUGAUCCAUUCAAGCGUUGCACUGAAAUAAUAAUGCCAAAGGAUGUCGAAACGCCAGUCAGUGACCCUUGUGUGCCGUCACCAUGCGGACCGAAUUCAAUAUGUAAAACCGAUGAUAAUGGGCCAGUUUGCCAAUGCCUUCCUGAAUACUUUGGAGCCCCACCCAAUUGUCGUGUUGAAUGCAUCAUUAAUCCCGAUUGCCCUUCAACACAGGCCUGCAUAAACAACAAAUGUCGCGAUCCUUGCCCAGGCUCAUGUGGAACAAAUUCCGAAUGCCGCGUCAUUGGACAUUCAGUCUCCUGCUCCUGCCCGCCCGGCUAUGCUGGCAAUGCUUUUGUACAGUGCGUGCAACAACGUGAGGAGCAGCCCAAGCCUUGUGAACCUUCACCAUGUGGCGCCAAUGCCGAAUGUAUUGAACGCAAUGGCGCUGCUGCCUGCAAAUGUAUUGAUGAAUACCAGGGAAAUCCCUAUGAGGGCUGCCGACCAGAGUGCGUGCUUAGCUCGGACUGUCCUUCGGACAAGGCCUGUAUAAGGAACAAAUGUCAAGAUCCCUGCCCCGGCAUCUGCGGCUCCAACGCUCAGUGCUAUGCAACUAACCAUGUACCCAAUUGCGUCUGCAACGAUGGUUUUACUGGUGAUCCAUUCUCCAAUUGCCGUCGCGUCGAACCAUCAACACCACCACCAGUCGGCGAUCCAUGCAGCCCAUCACCGUGCGGGCCCAACAGCAAAUGCCGUGUGUCCAAUGGCCUGGCUGUUUGCUCUUGCCUGGACACCUUCAUUGGCGCACCACCCAAUUGCAAGCCGGAGUGCACUGUGAAUGCCGAGUGUCCACAGAACAAGGCAUGCCACAAAUUCCGUUGCGCGAAUCCGUGUGCCGGCAUAUGCGGUAUCAAUGCCAAGUGCGAAGUGAUUAACCACAACCCGAUUUGCAGUUGUCCGCAGGAUAUGACCGGUGAUCCGUUUGCACGCUGUUAUCCAGCACCAGAAGUGGUUGAAACAAAGGACAUUCCCAAAGAGAAAAACCCAUGCCAGCCUUCGCCAUGCGGCCUGUAUGCGGAGUGUCGCGUACGUGGCGACCAGGCCUCGUGCUCUUGCCUGCCGACCUACAUAGGAGCACCCCCCAAUUGCCGGCCUGAGUGCAUUGUGAACACAGAUUGCGCCUCAGAUCGUGCCUGUAUUGCCGAGAAAUGCCGUAAUCCCUGCGAGGGCUCCUGCGGCAUUAAUUCUGAGUGCCGCAUUCAAAAUCAUCUGGCCAUCUGUACGUGUCGCGGAGGCUUCACUGGUGAUCCGUUUGAGCAAUGCGUCGAAGUGAUCGAAAAGACAUCACAACCACCAAUCACCUCACAAGAUCCUUGUGACCUGCAGCCGUGUGGAGCGAAUGCUGACUGCUUUAAUGGUAUAUGUAGCUGCCUGCCUGAAUACCACGGUGACCCCUACAGUGGUUGCCGUCCGGAGUGCACACUCAGUACGGACUGUUCACCAAACAAGGCUUGCCUGAACAAAAAGUGCAUGGAUCCAUGCCCGGGUACUUGUGGCCAGAACGCUCAGUGCGAUGUGUCGAAUCACAUUCCCAUCUGCAGUUGCUUGCAAGGAUACACGGGCGAUCCGUUCGUCCACUGUCGGCAAGAAACUCCAGUCGUUAAGGACCCAUGCCAGCCAAAUCCCUGUGGACCCAAUAGUUUGUGCCAUGUGUCCCCUCAGGGCGCGGUAUGUGCAUGCCAGCCAGGCAUGUUGGGCUCCCCACCUGCCUGUAAGCCCGAGUGUAUUGUCAGCUCGGAGUGUUCGCUGCAAACGGCCUGUAUACAGAAGAAAUGCGUUGAUCCCUGUCCAGGAGCCUGUGGCCAGUUUGCGCGCUGUCAAGUGAUUAAUCAUAAUCCGUCAUGCUCAUGCAACACGGGCUACACAGGAGAUCCAUUCACACGCUGCUACCAAGAAGAACGUAAGCCCACGCUAGAGAGUCCAACCAACCUUUGUGUACCAUCGCCAUGCGGACCCAAUUCGGAAUGUAAAGAGCUCAAUGGCAAUCCAGCCUGCUCAUGUGCGGCCACAUUUAUUGGCACACCGCCCAACUGUCGACCCGAGUGCACCAUCAAUCCGGAGUGUUCACCAACUAAGGCAUGUAUACGACAGAAGUGCGCCGAUCCUUGUGUGGGUGCCUGCGGUUUUAAUGCCCGUUGUAAUGUGGCCAAUCAUCAACCCAUCUGCACAUGCGAUGUGGGUUAUACUGGAGAUCCGUUCACCGGCUGUCAACCAGAGCAAGAACGGAUAGUCAAUGAACAGGUCACACCCUGUGAACCAAAUCCUUGCGGAUCGAAUGCCGUUUGCCGUGAACGCAAUGGCAUUGGCUCUUGCCAGUGCUUGCCCGAUUACUUUGGCGAUCCUUACCAGUCGUGCCGACCGGAAUGCGUACGCAAUUCCGACUGUCAAUCGAAUAAGGCGUGCCAGCAGCAAAAGUGUCGCGAUCCCUGCCCCGGCACCUGUGGCACAAAUGCUGAUUGCCGCGUAACGAAUCACCUACCCGCAUGCACAUGUCGCAGUGGUUACACUGGUGAUCCGUAUAAUUACUGCCAUGUGGAACCAACUCAACCUAUACGUCAAGCCGAACCCACUCAGCCCUGUCGCCCCUCCCCGUGCGGUCCCAAUUCCCAGUGCCGCGAGCUUAAUGGUCAGGCGGUUUGCUCCUGUGUCGAACUAUACAUCGGUUUGCCACCUAACUGUCGACCCGAGUGUGUAUUGAGCACCGAGUGCCCCACUGACAAGGCAUGCAUAAGUCAACGUUGUCAGGAUCCUUGUCCCGGCAUUUGCGGCAUCAAUGCCGAGUGCCGAGUGCGCAAUCACAGUCCGCUCUGUCAAUGUCGUCGCGGUUUUACGGGCGACGCCUUUACACGUUGUUAUGUUCUACCACCACCAACACCGGCCAUUGAACACGUUAAUCGAGAUCCUUGUGUGCCAACUCCCUGCGGCCUGAAUAGCCAGUGUCGUAAUGUGCAAGGCGUACCAUCCUGCACAUGUCUGCAGGAAUACAUUGGCACACCGCCAAACUGCCGACCAGAAUGCACCAUCAGUGCCGAGUGCGCCUCGAACAUGGCUUGUAUACGCGAAAAGUGCAUAGAUCCAUGUCCCGGCUCCUGCGGCUAUGCGGCGGAGUGCAAUGUCGUUAACCACACCCCAAUAUGUACAUGUCCCUCAGGUUAUACGGGUGAUCCGUUUAGCAGCUGUCGUCUGGCACCUCCAGAGCCUGUGUUAAACGAAUAUGUUGAUCGUUGUCAACCAUCACCGUGUGGUCCCAAUGCUCAAUGCAACGAUGGUGUUUGCAGCUGUUUGCCCGAAUAUCACGGUGAUCCCUAUGCCGGCUGUCGUCCGGAAUGUGUGCUCAAUUCCGACUGUUCACGCGAUAAGGCCUGUCUGCGCAGCAAAUGCCUCAACCCGUGCCCAGGCACAUGUGGCGAGAAUGCCAUAUGCGAUGUCAUCAAUCACAUACCCAUGUGUAGGUGCCCCGAUGGUACCGCUGGCAGUGCCUUUAUUCGCUGCACUCCCGUUCCGAAAAUCAUUGUCACAACAAACCCUUGCCAGCCAACGCCCUGCGGUCCGAACUCGCAGUGUCGCGAGGUAAACAAGCAAGCAGUCUGCUCCUGCCUACCGAGCUAUAUUGGCUCACCUCCUACCUGUAGACCCGAAUGUACCUCCAAUGCGGAGUGUGCACCUACCCAGGCUUGCCUUAACCAACGCUGUGGAGACCCAUGCCCUGGUACUUGUGGUGUAGGCGCCAAUUGCGCUGUGGUCAAUCACAGUCCAUUCUGCACAUGUCCAGCGCGUUUCACCGGAAAUCCUUUCAUACGUUGCCAGCCACAAAUUGAACCUGUGCGUGACAUUCAGCCAACUGAUCCUUGCCGGCCAUCACCAUGUGGUCCCUAUUCUCAGUGCCGUCCCAUUGGCGAGGCACCAGCUUGUUCAUGUCUUGAAACUUACAUAGGACGUCCACCAAACUGUCGACCCGAAUGCGUGACCAGCUCAGACUGUAGCAGCCAACUGGCCUGCAUCAACCAGAAGUGUGUUGAUCCAUGUCCAGGUCGCUGUGGUCUGAACGCUGAGUGCCGAGUGGUGAGCCAUGCUGUGCAGUGCAUCUGCCAGCAAGGUUUCACCGGAGAUCCGUUCGUACAGUGCAGCCCGGAAAUCGUGAGAGACAUCGAAGUGCGAACACCCUGCAAUCCCAGCCCGUGUGGAACAAAUGCCGUUUGCCGCGAGCGAGACGGUGCUGGUUCCUGCAAGUGCCUGCCGGAAUACUUUGGCAAUCCCUACGACGGCUGUCGGCCGGAAUGUGUGUUAGACUCUGAUUGCCCAUCGAAUCGUGCUUGCCAGCAGCAAAAGUGCCAAGAUCCUUGCCCCGGCACCUGUGGCCAAAAUGCUAACUGUCAGGUAGUAAACCAUCUGCCAUCCUGCAAUUGUCUCCCUGGCUUUGUAGGCGACCCGUAUCGCCAAUGUACACGUCCUGCCGAACCCAUUCCUAUCGAGUACACCAAUCCAUGCGAACCGACCCCAUGCGGUCCCAACUCUCAAUGUCGCGUUGCCAACGAGCAGGCCGUGUGCUCUUGUCUACCCCUGUUUAUUGGCGUCCCACCAGCCUGCCGUCCCGAGUGCACCAUCUCUUCGGAGUGUGCUGCCGAUAAGGCCUGUCUGAAUCAGAAGUGCGUCGAUCCCUGUGUGGCCAACACCUGCGGCAAUAAUGCGAUUUGCCGUGUGCGUAACCACAGUCCCAUCUGCAGUUGCAUCAGUGGUUUCACUGGCGAUGCCUUUACACAGUGUUUCCCAAUACCACCGCCGCCAAUUGAAGUGCAACGGGAACCCUUGCGAGAUCCCUGUGUACCCACACCAUGUGGCCCACACUCGGAGUGCCGUAACAUCAAUGGAGUCUCAGCCUGUUCAUGCCUGGCCACGUUUAUUGGUCAGGCGCCCAACUGCCGUCCGGAAUGUACUAUAAACUCAGAGUGUCCCAGUCAGCAGGCUUGCAUUAAUCAGAAAUGUCGCGAUCCGUGCCCUGGCGCCUGUGGGUUGAAUGCUGUUUGUAGCGUUAUAAACCAUACGCCACUCUGCGCCUGCAUCGAUGGCUACAUUGGUAAUCCGUUCACCAACUGCAAUCCUAAGCCACCAGAACCAACUUCCCCACCCAUCAGCGACGAUCCCUGCAAUCCUUCACCGUGUGGUGCUAAUGCCCAAUGUAAUAAUGGUAUAUGCACCUGCAUAGCCGAGUACCAGGGUGAUCCCUCUGUAGGCUGCCGACCGGAAUGUGUGCUUAACACAGACUGCGCCCCAAAUCGUGCAUGCAUACGUAAUAAGUGCAUUGAUCCGUGUCCAGGCAUCUGCGGUGUGAAUGCCAUUUGCGAGGUGAAUAAUCACGUGCCCAUCUGUCGGUGUCCCGAACAAAUGUCGGGCAAUGCCUUCUUUGAAUGCCGUCCUGUACCAGCGCCACCAGCACAAAAUCCUUGCCAGCCAUCGCCUUGUGGACCCAACAGCCAGUGCCGAGUGGUGCAACAGACUGCAGUUUGCUCUUGUCUUCUCGACUAUAUCGGCAGUCCGCCGCAGUGUCGCCCAGAAUGUGUUACAAAUUCCGACUGUGCUACCAAUCAAGCCUGCCAGAAUAUGAAAUGCCGUGAUCCCUGUCCCGGCACCUGUGGCUUCAAUGCUAUAUGUAAUGUAGUAAAUCACAGUCCCUUCUGCAGUUGUCCCACAGGCAUGUCGGGCAAUCCUUUCGUACGCUGUGAACAAACGAUAAUUCCCCAACGUGAUGUUCCGCCACAGAACCCAUGUCAACCCUCACCCUGCGGCCCCAAUUCGGAAUGCCGAGUUUCAGGUGAUUCACCAUCAUGUUCUUGUCUACCCGAAUUUUUGGGCGCACCACCGAAUUGCCGACCAGAAUGCAUAUCCAAUUCUGAAUGUGCCACCAACCAGGCAUGCGUCAAUCAGAAAUGCGUGGAUCCCUGUCCAGGGCUAUGUGGCCUUAAUGCUAACUGCCGUGUCUUCAGUCAUACGGCUAUGUGCCUUUGUGAUAGCGGCUUCACAGGCGACCCGUUCGCCCAGUGCAGUCCCAUAAGAGAGGCACCAGUUGAACGGAUACAACCCUGUAAUCCGAGUCCCUGUGGCGUCAAUGCAAAGUGUGAAGAACGUGGUGGUGCUGGAUCUUGCCAGUGUCUACCCGAACACUUUGGCAAUCCCUACGAGGGCUGCCGACCAGAGUGCAUUCUCAAUUCGGAUUGUCCAUCGAAUAGAGCAUGCCAACAGCAAAAGUGCCGUGAUCCCUGCCCGGGAACAUGCGGCCAGAACGCAGAAUGCCAGGUCAUAAAUCACUUGGCCACUUGCAAUUGCUUUAAUGGUUAUACUGGAGAUCCUUAUAGUUUCUGCCGUAUUAUAGAAAAUGAACCACCCGAACACAUCUAUGUGAAUCCCUGUCAACCAUCGCCUUGUGGACCCAACUCGCGAUGCCGCGAAGUCAACGAGCAAGCUGUCUGCUCCUGUCUAACCGAGUUUAUUGGCAGUCCACCUGCUUGUCGACCCGAAUGCACCAGCAGCUCUGAAUGCGCUGCAGAUAAGGCCUGCAUAAAUCGCAAAUGCGUUGAUCCUUGUCCAAAUGUUUGUGGCGAACAGGCCGAGUGCCGAGUAAGAAAUCAUAGUCCUAUCUGCACCUGCUCGAACGGAUUCACAGGCGAUGCCUUCACCCGCUGUUAUCGAUUGCCGCCUCCACCUGUUGUGGCAAUUGAACGCGAACCUCUUGAUCCUUGCGUACCCUCACCCUGUGGUGCCAACUCUCAAUGUCGCGAUAUUCAUGGCACACCAUCGUGCUCCUGCCUGCCAAACUAUUUGGGCACACCGCCAAAUUGCCGUCCUGAGUGUUCCAUCAAUGCUGAAUGUCCGAGCCAUCAGGCGUGUAUCAAUCAAAAGUGUCGCGAUCCUUGUCCCGGCUCUUGUGGCCUCAACACACAGUGUAAUGUGAUCAACCACACUCCAAUUUGUAGCUGUCUAGUGGGUUAUAUCGGCGAUCCAUUCGUUAUUUGCAAUCCAGAGCCACCACAACCAAUUAAAGAGUCGCCUAUGCCCCAAGACCCAUGCAACCCUUCACCAUGUGGUGCUAAUGCUCAGUGUCAUAACGGUCAGUGCACAUGUAUACCCGAGUAUCAAGGCGAUCCGUUCGUUGGCUGCCGCCCGGAGUGUGUACUACACACCGACUGUGCUCGCAAUCUCGCCUGUGUGCGUCAUAAGUGUAUCGAUCCUUGUCCUGGUACUUGUGCGUCCACUGCCAUUUGCGAGGUUCUCAAUCAUAUACCCAACUGCCGCUGUCCCGAUGGCAUGGAAGGCAAUGCUUUUUUCAGCUGCAACCCAGUGCAAAAACUUGAUGUCGUGCAGAAUCCUUGCCAGCCAUCGCCUUGCGGACCGAAUUCUCAGUGUCGGGCGAUCAAUCAACAGGCCGUCUGUUCCUGCAUCAGUCCCUUCAUAGGCAGUCCACCAUUCUGUCGACCCGAAUGCACAUCCAACUCGGAAUGUCCAUUGAACUUGGCAUGUCUUAAUCAGAAAUGUAGCGAUCCAUGCCCCGGCGUUUGCGGCCGCAAUGCCCAGUGUCAUGUGACGAAUCACAGUCCAUUCUGUCGAUGCUUGGACCGACAUACUGGCAAUCCGUUUGUUAGCUGUCAACCUAUAAUUGAGCCGCCAACACCACCACCACGACAGACAUGUCAGCCUUCACCCUGUGGACCCUACGCCGAAUGCCGCGAAAUAAAUGAAACGCCUUCGUGCACCUGCCUACCCGACUACAUCGGCGCGCCGCCAAACUGCCGUCCGGAGUGUGUAACAAGCUCGGAAUGCCCACCGCAUCAAGCAUGCAUACAACAGAAAUGUCGCGAUCCAUGCCCUGGCUUGUGCGGACAAACGGCUGUGUGUCGUGUACUCUCGCAUACGCCGAGCUGUUACUGUCCCGACGGUCUGGAGGGUGAUCCUUUCGUGCAGUGUGUGGAAAAAAGAAUCCAGCAGUUGGAUCAGUUAGACCCAUGCAAUCCUAGUCCCUGCGGCAUAAAUGCACGUUGCACUACCCGCCAGGAUGCUGGCUCAUGUCAGUGCUUGGAGGGAUACUUUGGCAACCCCUACGAAGGCUGCCGACCAGAAUGUAUGCUCGACUCUGACUGUCCCUCAAAUCGUGCUUGUCAGCAACAAAAGUGUCAAGACCCUUGCCCAGGCACCUGUGCCUCAAAUGCAGUCUGCAAUGUUCUCAAUCAUGUGCCCAGCUGCAGUUGCUUAACUGGAUACAGCGGUGACCCAUAUCGUUUGUGUCAACAGGAACGUGAACCCAUCAAGGAGUAUAUAAAUCCCUGUCAACCUUCACCAUGUGGUCCUAAUUCUCAGUGUCGGGAGGUCAAUGAGCAGGCUGUCUGCUCUUGCUUGCCCGAAUACAUGGGUGCGCCGCCAGCCUGUCGACCCGAGUGUACCAUUUCAUCAGAGUGCGCUAUUGACAAGGCCUGUGUGGCCCAGAAGUGCACAGAUCCCUGCCCGGGAACUUGUGGUGAUCAGGCUUUAUGUCGUGUAGUCAACCACAGCCCCAUUUGCUCUUGUCGCUCCGGUUACACUGGCGAUGCCUUCUAUCGCUGCCUACCAAUACCUCCGGCGCCGCCUACAGCAGUUGUGCUAAAGCAACCGAUUGACCCUUGUGUGCCCUCACCUUGCGGCUCCUAUGCUGAGUGCCGUCCACAUGGCGAUGCACCAUCAUGCUCUUGCCAGCCUGGGUAUCUGGGCGUGCCACCUAAUUGCCGUCCUGAAUGUCGAGUUAACUCGGACUGUCCCAGCAGUCAGGCUUGUAUAAACGAAAAGUGUCGCGAUCCAUGUCCAGGCUCAUGUGGCUUUGGUGCUCUUUGCAAUGUCAUUAGUCACAUACCCAGCUGCACAUGUCCUUCCGGCUACACCGGAGACCCAUUUAGCCACUGUCAGCCUGAACCACCAAAACCUGUGGAAGCCGAUGAUCCCUGUAAUCCCUCGCCGUGUGGCCCGAAUGCCGUAUGUAACGGAGGCACCUGCACCUGUCUGCCGGAGUAUCAAGGUGAUCCCUACAGCGGCUGUCGUCCCGAAUGCCUCACAAGUUUGGAUUGCCCACGAGACCGCGCUUGCGCCCGUCGCAAGUGCUUCGAUCCUUGCCCAGGCACAUGCGCACCAAAUGCUCUGUGCACGGUGCUGAAUCACAUACCGAUGUGUACAUGUCCCGAAGGUUAUGCAGGCAACGCUUUUCUGCAGUGCUACCCUGUACCACCACCCGCCGUUGUUCAGCCUUGCCAUCCCUCACCGUGUGGUCCAAAUUCACAGUGCCGAGAAGCCAAUCAGCAAGCAGUCUGUUCUUGUGUGCCGAGCUAUAUAGGCACACCACCACUUUGUCGUCCGGAGUGCACUAGCAACUCGGAGUGUGCUGCCCACCUGGCUUGCGUGAAUCAAAAGUGUGUUGAUCCUUGCCCCGGCGCUUGUGGCCGAAGUGCCCAGUGCAGCGUUGUCAAUCACAACCCAUUCUGUACCUGCUUGCCCCACCAUACGGGUAAUCCCUUUGUGGGAUGCCAGCAAAUCAUUGAACCGCCACAGAGAGAUAUUGAGCCUCAAGAUCCAUGUCGUCCAUCUCCUUGUGGGGCUAACGCUGAGUGUCGCGCCAUCGGGAACACGCCCUCAUGCACAUGUCUGAAAGACUUUGUUGGCUCGCCGCCAUACUGCAAGCCAGAAUGUGUCGCAAACUCUGAGUGUCCCAGCAAUCGUGCAUGCAUAAAUCGAAAGUGUCGCGAUCCAUGUCCAGGUCUUUGUGGUGCCAAUGCCAUCUGCCGCGUUGUCUCACAUACAGCCUUAUGCAUUUGUGAUGCUGGAUUAACGGGCGACCCUUUUUCGCAAUGCCAGCCAAUUGAACGGGAUGUGGAAAUUAUUAAUCCUUGCCAGCCGUCGCCUUGUGGCUCGAAUGCCGAAUGCAUACAGCGCAAUGGAGCCGGAGCCUGCCAAUGCCUGCCCGACUUCUUUGGCAAUCCCUACGAGGGCUGCCGACCGGAGUGUGUGCUUAACUCGGACUGCCCUUCGAAUCGUGCUUGCCAACAACAAAAGUGUCGUGAUCCCUGCCCCGGUAGCUGUGGUCAGAAUGCCGAAUGCAAUGUCGUUAAUCAUACGCCUAUGUGCUCCUGCUUCGCGGGAUACGUUGGAGAUCCGUAUAGCUACUGUAAUCAGCCAGCAGAACCAAUUGUUCACGACUAUGUAAAUCCAUGUCUACCCUCGCCCUGUGGUUCGAAUGCCCAAUGUCGCGAGGUGCAAGGCCAAGCGGUCUGCUCCUGUCUACCAGACUUUGAGGGUGCACCACCUUAUUGUCGACCCGAGUGUACCUCAAGCGCUGAGUGCCCAACCACCAGGGCCUGCAUCAAACGCAAGUGUGUUGAUCCAUGCCCAGGUGUUUGCGGCCAAGGGGCAAUCUGUCAGGUGCGCAAUCACAGUCCCAUAUGUAUGUGUCCUCCAGGCCUAAUGGGCGAUCCCUUCGUGCGCUGUCUGCCCCGACCAAUACCUCCGCCACCGCCACUUCGAGAUGUUGCUCCCUAUCGCGAUCCCUGCGUACCCUCACCCUGCGGCCUGUAUGCCACAUGCCGUAAUCAGCAUGACCAAGCGAUUUGUUCCUGCCAGCCCAAUUAUUACGGCACACCCCCGCAUUGUCGACCCGAGUGUACAAUCAACGCUGACUGCGCCAGCCAUCUGGCUUGCAUUAGCGAGCGUUGCCGCGAUCCCUGUCCCGGCUCCUGUGGCCAGAACACCGAGUGUAGUCUCUUAAAUCAUACCCCCAACUGCGCUUGCCUGCAUGGCUAUGUUGGUGAUGCAUUUGUUGCUUGCCAGCCUGCACCACCUCCACCAGCCUAUGAAGAACCCAGAGAUCCUUGCAAUCCCAGUCCAUGUGGCAGCAAUGCCGUCUGCUCGGGAGAAGGACAGUGUACGUGCAUUGCCGAAUAUGAAGGCGAUGCCUACAUUGCUUGUCGUCCAGAAUGCGUUCUGAGCGCCGAAUGUCCCCGAAAUCGCGCCUGUGUACAGCAAAAGUGUGUAAAUCCCUGCCCAGGUACCUGUGGUGCCGGCGCCAUCUGUGAAGUUGUAAACCAUAUUGCUAUGUGCCACUGUCCAGUUGGCAUGACAGGCAACGCCUUUGUCCACUGCAGCCCCGUACAAAUGGCCGUCUAUCAAAAUCCCUGCCAACCCUCGCCAUGUGGUACAAAUGCCGAGUGUCGUGAGCGGCAAGGUCAAGCCAUCUGUAGCUGCCUGCCCAAUUAUUACGGCGUACCACCCUCCUGCCGACCCGAGUGUACCACCAACUAUGACUGUGCACCCAACCGUGCUUGCCAAAAUCAGCGUUGUAUCGAUCCCUGUCCGGGCGCCUGUGGGGCCUAUGCCGAAUGCAGGGCGGUCAGUCACAGUCCUUUCUGUAGUUGUCAGCCCGGAUAUACAGGCAACCCAUUCGCCCAAUGCCACAGAAUUAUCGAACCAUUGAGAGAUAUUUCGCCCCGGGAUCCCUGCCAACCAUCGCCCUGCGGCGCCAACAGUCAGUGCCGUCGCAUUGGGGACACACCGUCCUGUUCGUGUCUUGAGAACUUCUUUGGAACACCACCGAACUGCCGGCCUGAGUGCUUGACUAAUUCUGAUUGUGCUUCGUCCCAGAUUUGUAGGAACAAUCGUUGCAAAGAUCCAUGUCCAGGCCUUUGCGGAAGCGGUGCUGAGUGCCGUGUGAUUAGCCACAGCGCCAUGUGCUACUGCCAAUCGGGCUACAGCGGGGAUCCUUUCGUUCUCUGCUCACCAAUUCAAAAUGAACCACUCGAAGUGGUGCAGCCCUGCAAUCCCAAUCCCUGCGGCACUUUUGCCGAAUGCCAUGAACGAAAUGGCGUUGGCUCCUGCCAGUGUCUGCCCGAGUAUUUUGGAAAUCCCUACGAAGCCUGUCGCCCCGAAUGUAUACUUGAUUCCGAUUGUCCGUCUAAUCGAGCCUGCGUAAAUCAAAAGUGCCGCGAUCCAUGUCCCGGCAGCUGUGGCCACAAUGCCGAAUGUUAUGUGAGAAACCAUUUGCCCACUUGUAAUUGUCUCAACAACUAUGUGGGUGAUCCAUAUAGCUACUGCAGCCUCGAAGAGAAACCUAUCCGUGAAUAUGUUAAUCCUUGCCAACCCUCACCAUGCGGUCCAAAUAGUCAGUGCAAAGAGCUAAACGAGCAGGCUGUCUGCUCAUGUUUACCCGAAUAUGUAGGCAGUCCACCUGGUUGUCGACCCGAGUGUACGAUUUCAACGGAAUGUAGCUUUGACAAGGCUUGUAUACAACAUAAAUGCGUAGAUCCUUGUCCUGGCGCUUGCGGUAGCAAUGCUCUGUGUCAUACAACUAAUCAUGCACCGUUGUGUGCUUGCCAGUCAGGCUACACCGGAGAUCCCUUCACGCGCUGCUAUCCCUUGCCUCCAACGCCCACCAUUCUCCAAAGUGAACCUGUACGCGAUCCCUGCCAGCCAUCUCCAUGUGGAGCUAACGCCCAGUGCCGUCAGUCACAUGGUCAGGCAGUAUGUAGCUGUCUACCUGGCUACUUCGGUGUACCGCCUAGUUGCCGACCCGAGUGCACACAGAGUGCCGAAUGUCUGCCCAGCCUGGCUUGCAUAAAUCAGCGCUGUGUCGAUCCCUGCCCCGGUUCCUGUGCCUACAAUGCGCUCUGCACCGUGCGUAAUCAUAUACCCAGCUGCCACUGUCCCGUAGGAUAUGUGGGUGACCCAUUCACCUCCUGCCAGCCUGAACCACCCAAGCCCAUUGUAAAUGACGAUCCUUGCAAUCCGUCGCCGUGUGGAUCCAAUGCCAUAUGUCGAAGUGGCCAAUGCACAUGCAUACCCGAAUAUCAAGGUGAUCCCUAUGUGGGUUGCCGUCCGGAAUGCGUACUAAACACCGACUGCCCGCGAAAUCGCGCCUGUGUACGAAACAAAUGUAUCGAUCCCUGUCCAGGAACCUGCGCUCCUAACGCUAUAUGCGAUGUGCUCAAUCAUAUUGCUAUGUGCCGCUGUCCGGCAGGUAUGACGGGAAAUGCGUUUAUCCAGUGUGAGACACCGCUUGUGCAGUCCUUGCCACCAAGAAAUCCUUGCGCACCCUCACCAUGCGGUCCCAACAGUCGCUGUCGUGUGCUCAAUGAUAACGCGAUUUGCUCUUGCAUCGAAGAUUAUGUGGGCAGUCCACCCAGCUGCCGUCCGGAAUGCACACGAAACUCGGAUUGCUUGCCACGUCUGGCUUGUCAACAACAACACUGCAUUGAUCCCUGCCCAGGCACCUGUGGCUACAAUGCUAUUUGCCAUGUAGUAAGCCAUGCGCCUAUCUGCAGCUGUCCGCCACGACACAAUGGCAAUCCCUUCCUAGGAUGCUUGCCAACACCACCACAACGGGAUGUUAUUCCUGUAAAGCAGCCAUGCCAACCAUCACCCUGCGGUCCCUACGCAGAAUGCCGCGCUGUGGGAGACCAGGCCCAGUGCAACUGUCUCCCUACUUACAUUGGAGCACCUCCGAAUUGUCGACCGGAAUGUGUUACCAACUCGGAGUGCAGUUUCAACAAGGCCUGCGUUAAUCAGAAAUGUGUGGAUCCCUGCCCAGGUGCAUGCGGCUCCAAUGCUGUCUGUCAUGCACUGAGCCAUGUGGCCAUGUGCUACUGUGCUCCUGGUUACACGGGUGAUCCGUUUACCAACUGUUACCAAACUCCAAUAAUUCAACGAGAAGAGGUGACACAGCCCUGUUCUCCUAACCCCUGCGGUGCUAAUGCGCAAUGUCGUCAGGAGGGCAAUGCGGGGUCCUGUCAAUGCCUACCCGACUACCACGGCAAUCCAUACGAAGGUUGUAGACCCGAAUGCGUCUCUGAUAGUGACUGCCCAUCGGACAAAUCCUGUCAACAGUUCAAAUGUCGCGAUCCUUGUCCGGGUGUGUGCGGCUUAAAUGCCGAGUGCCGAGUCCUUAAUCAUUUGCCCACGUGCCAUUGCUUAAGCAAUUUCGUUGGUGAUCCCUAUAGCUACUGCCAGCUACCCGAGAGACCAAUCUUGAAAGAGUAUGUGAAUCCCUGUCAGCCCUCACCGUGUGGCCCCAAUUCUCAGUGUCGCGCAAACAAUGAGCAGGCUAUCUGCUCCUGUUUGCCGGAGUAUGUUGGUGCACCGCCCAACUGUCGUCCGGAAUGCGUGACAAGUGCUGAGUGUGCGUCAGAUAAGGCCUGCAUCAAUCAAAAGUGUAGCGACCCAUGUCCAGGCGUCUGUGGCACUAAUGCCGAUUGUCGUGUCCAUCAUCAUGCGCCCAUUUGUAGUUGCCGUCAAGGCUUCCAGGGGGACGCAUUCACACGCUGCUAUCCUGUACCACCCCCACCCCCCGUUCAGUUGGAUACAUAUCAGAAUCCCUGUGUUCCGUCGCCCUGCGGUCAAUAUGCCGAGUGUCGUGACAACCAUGGCACAGCUAUUUGCAGUUGUUUACUUAACUAUUUUGGCAGCCCUCCCAACUGUCGACCCGAGUGUAGCAUAAACGCCGAUUGUGCCGCUCACUUGGCCUGCCAGCAACAGCGCUGCCGUGAUCCAUGCCCAGGCGCUUGUGGAUUCAACGCUCAGUGCUCGGUUAUUAAUCACACGCCGGUUUGUCAGUGUGCACCAGGCUUGACUGGCAAUCCAUUUGCCUCUUGUCAAGCACCGCCACGAGUACCUCAGCCACCGGUUCUGAAUGACGACCCCUGCUUGCACAUACAGUGUGGCGUCAAUGCGGUCUGUCGCGAGGGACAAUGUAGCUGUCUACCAGAAUACCAAGGAAAUCCAAUAAUUGGUUGUCGUCCAGAAUGUAUAUUGAGCACGGAGUGCGCCCACAACCUCGCCUGCGUACGCCAAAAAUGCAUUGAUCCCUGUCCAGGCACAUGCGGUACUAAUGCCAUCUGCGAAGUUCACAACCAUGUGGCGAUGUGUCACUGCCCCGCGGGUAUGACGGGCAAUGCAUUUGCACAAUGCGUGCCUGUGCCACCUCCACCGCCACGUGUAAUAGCCGAUCCCUGCCAGCCUUCGCCUUGCGGGCCCAAUGCGCAGUGUCGCAAUAUAAAUGGUCAAGCCGUCUGCUCAUGCCUGCCACAAUUUGUAGGUGUGCCGCCAUCAUGCCGACCGGAAUGCAUUAGCAAUGCGGAGUGUCCCCUGCACUUAGCGUGUCUGCAGCAACGAUGCAGUGAUCCCUGCCCGGGUGCAUGCGGUUUGAAUGCUGAAUGCCGUGUACUAAACCACAGUCCAAACUGUCGCUGCAUUAGCUCCUACACAGGCAAUCCAUUUAUUGCCUGUCAUCCGCAACCACCACCACCCAUUCAACAGGAUGUGCAUGAUCCUUGUCAGCCUUCGCCUUGUGGACCGAAUUCCGAAUGCCGAAACGUUGGAAAUACUGCACAAUGCAGCUGUCUGAUUACCUUCAUUGGAACGCCGCCCAACUGUCGACCUGAAUGCGUUAGCAGCGCUGAUUGCCCUACAAAUCUGGCCUGCCUUAAUCAGAAAUGCCGUGAUCCCUGUCCGGGAGUGUGUGGCACUAAUGCCGAAUGCUAUGUCAUUAAUCAUACACCCAUGUGCGUUUGCUCAAGCGGUCAUAGUGGCAAUCCGUUUAUAGGUUGCCAUAUCCAGAGGGAUGUGAUCGAAACACUUACGCCUUGUCUGCCAAGUCCUUGUGGUUCAAAUGCGAUCUGCACAGAGUCAAAUGGCGCCGGCGCCUGCCAGUGCUUACCUGAAUUCUACGGCAAUCCUUACGAGGGCUGCCGACCGGAGUGUGUUUUGAAUUCGGAUUGUCCCAGCCAUUUGGCGUGUGUCAAUCAGCAUUGCCGUGAUGCAUGCGCAGGUACCUGCGGUCCCAAUGCCGAAUGCCAUGUGCGUGAUCAUCUACCCCAAUGCAGUUGCCUAAGUGGCUAUGAGGGCAAUCCUUAUAGCUACUGCAGUGUCAUUCGUGAACCUGUGCGUGACCCUAUACCGCAGCACCCUUGCCAACCCACCCCCUGCGGACCCAACUCUCAAUGCCACGAAGUCAAUCAACAGGCGGUUUGCAGCUGUCUUCCCGACUUUGUGGGAUCUCCGCCAGCUUGUCGACCGGAAUGUACCAUCUCCAGCGAGUGUGCCCUUAACAAGGCGUGUAACAACCAUCACUGUGUAGAUCCCUGUCCGGGUGUCUGUGGAAAUAAUGCCGAAUGUCACGCGAUUAACCACAGUCCCCACUGUAGUUGCUUGCCCGGAUUUACGGGUGAUGCCUUCAGUGGUUGUCGCACUAUACCGCCAGCAAUCACCUACGACUAUCCCAAGGAUACUUAUCGUGAUCCCUGUGUUCCCUCGCCUUGUGGCACCUUUGGACAGUGCCAUGCCCAAAGUGGUCAAGCCGUCUGCCGGUGUCUUUCCGGCUACUAUGGCGCUCCGCCCAAUUGUCAGCCGGAGUGUGUAAUAAACUCUGAUUGUGCCUCACACCUAGCCUGCAUGAGCGAAAAGUGUCGCGACCCUUGUCCCGGCUCCUGUGGUAUUGCAGCCCAGUGCAAUGUCAUCAACCACACGCCCAUUUGCAGCUGUCCCAUUGGCUAUCAAGGAAAUCCCUUCGUUAGUUGUGGACCAAUCCCAGUGAAACACGACCCACCGCCACGCGACGCCUGCAAUCCCUCGCCCUGUGGUCCAAAUACCAUCUGUAACAACGGACAGUGCACUUGUCUGGCCGAGUUCCAUGGAAAUCCCAACAUAGGCUGCCGUCCCGAAUGUGUCCUAAAUACUGACUGCGCACGCGAUAGGGCCUGCCAGCGCAGUAAAUGUGUUGAUCCCUGUCCGGGUGCGUGCGGUGUGGGCGCGAUUUGCGCGGUUCGUAACCAUGUGCCUAUGUGCAACUGUCCCCCAGGCACAUCUGGCAAUGCCUUUGUGCAGUGCGCCCUGGUGCAACCUGAUCCCAUUGUGCCCGUAAAUCCAUGUCGACCAUCACCCUGUGGAAGCAACGCACAAUGUCUUGUGAGCAAUGAGCAAGCAGUGUGCUCCUGCCUGGCUGGCUACUAUGGCACGCCACCUCAUUGUCGACCCGAGUGUACCAUCAAUUCGGACUGUGCCCCCCAUUUGGCCUGCCAGAAUCAACACUGUCGCGAUCCUUGCCCAGGUGCUUGUGGCCAGUACGCACUCUGCCAGGUUAUACGACACAUGCCGCAUUGCAGCUGCCCCGCCGGCUACACGGGCAACGCGUUCGCCCUGUGUCAACGGCUGCCGCCACCUCCAAUUGUACAACGUGAACCUAUCAAUCCCUGUCAGCCGUCACCGUGCGGUGCAAAUGCACAAUGCACGCCCACACCAGAUGGAACUCAAGCGCAGUGCAAGUGCUUGGAGAACUUCAUAGGAACUCCACCAAAUUGCCGACCAGAAUGUGUGACUUCAGCGGAAUGUGCCAAUCCAUUAGCUUGCAUUGGACAAAAGUGUCGCGAUCCUUGUCCUGGAAUAUGCGGUCAAGCUGCUACUUGUCAGGUGGUCAGUCAUGUGCCAUCCUGCAUAUGCAUAGCUGAUUACAUUGGAGAUCCAUUCACGAAAUGCUAUCCGCGUCCGGUCCUUGAACGGGAUCAGAUUAAUCCAUGCGCGCCCAGUCCCUGCGGUAGCAAUGCCGUCUGCAGGCAACAAGGUGAAGUUGGUUCUUGCCAGUGUUUACCCGAGUUCUUUGGUAAUCCCUAUGAAGGCUGCCGUCCCGAGUGCGUCCUGAAUUCCGACUGCUCCACCCAAUUGGCAUGCCUUAAUCAACAUUGUCGCGAUCCCUGCCCCGGCAGCUGUGCUCCCAACGCCCAGUGCCAAGUUGUGAACCAUGUACCCAUCUGCAGCUGUUAUCCCGGCUACAAUGGUGAUCCUUAUCGUUAUUGUCAACUACGCCAGGCGGAACCCACGCCAACCCCCUACGUGAAUCCCUGCCAACCGACGCCCUGUGGCUCCAAUUCUCAAUGCCGCGAGUCUCAAGGUCAAGCUAUUUGUAGCUGCCUGCCAGAGUUUAUAGGCACCCCGCCCGCUUGUCGUCCCGAGUGCGUCAUUAGUACCGAAUGUGCCGCGGAUAAGGCCUGCAUCAAUCAAAAGUGUCAAGAUCCCUGUCCAGGCGCCUGUGGACUGAAUGCCCAGUGCCAUGUGCGCAACCAUAGUCCGCUCUGCUCCUGUCAGCCGGGCUUCACGGGCGAUGCCUUUAUUCGCUGCCUUCCAUUGCCACCCAAGCCAGCUGAUCCACCAGCCCAGCCACCGAUGCCGUGUGUGCCAUCACCAUGUGGACCUUAUUCUCAGUGCCGUGAGGUGAAUGGCGGUGCCAGCUGUAGCUGCUUGCCGAACUAUAUUGGCGCAGCGCCCAACUGUCGACCCGAGUGCACCAUAAAUGCGGAGUGCGCCAGCAAUUUGGCGUGCAUCAAUGAGAAGUGUCGCGAUCCUUGUCCCGGCGCCUGCGGCUUUGCUGCCCAAUGCAAUGUCAUCAAUCAUACACCCAGUUGCUCUUGUCCCACCGGAUAUACAGGCGAUCCCUUCACCAGUUGUCGCCUGUUGCCGCCCACACCACCGCCAACAACACCGACACACGACGAUCCUUGCAUUCCCUCACCAUGUGGUGCUAAUGCACAAUGCCGCAAUGGCCAAUGCACUUGCCUGCCCGAGUAUCAGGGUGAUCCCUACACCGGUUGUCGGCCCGAAUGUAUUCUGAACUCCGAGUGCCCGAGAAAUCGCGCCUGUGUACGCAAUAAAUGUGUUGAUCCCUGUCCUGGAAGAUGUGCCCAGAAUGCUCUAUGCGAUGCUAUCAACCACAUUGCCAUGUGCCGCUGUCCAGAGCGUAUGACUGGAAAUGCUUUCGUUGCCUGCACACCUGUACAAGACGAGAUCAUUGUCAAUCCUUGUCAGCCAUCGCCGUGUGGCGCCAAUGCACAGUGCAUUGCGCGCAAUGGAAAUGCGAUUUGUUCUUGCAUUACUGGAUACUUCGGACAGCCUCCUAACUGCCGCCUGGAGUGCUACACCAGCUCGGACUGCUCGCCACAGCAUGCGUGCAUCAACAACAAGUGUGUGGAUCCCUGCCCAGGACAGUGCGGCCUCAACGCCAUUUGUCAAGCGGUACAGCAUCGCGCCCAUUGCGAGUGCAUCGCUGGCUAUACGGGCAACGCCUACACCUUGUGCAAUCUAAUUGUUGUUGAGCGUAAGCCGGAGACUGCUCGAGAUCCAUGCCAUCCAUCGCCUUGCGGACCAAAUUCCCAGUGCAGCAGUGAAAAUGGCCAAGCGCGUUGCUCUUGCCUGUCUGAGUACCAAGGCACGCCGCCAAAUUGUCGACCAGAAUGUACCAACAACGAUGAUUGCGCCAAUAAUUUGGCCUGCAUCAAUCAGAAAUGUCGCGAUCCAUGCCCCGGCAGCUGUGGCCAAAAUGCCCAGUGCCAGGUGACCCUUCAUACGCCUAACUGUCAUUGUCCAGCGGGCAUGACAGGUGAUCCUUUCCGACUUUGCCAGCCAUUGCCCCAAACUCCGCCUAAACAACCGCCAACACAAAAGAAUCCUUGCUAUCCAUCGCCAUGUGGUAGCAACACGGAAUGUCGCGUUCGUGGUGAAAGUUUCGUUUGCGAGUGCAUUCAUGAGUACAUUGGCAAUCCCUAUGAAGGGUGUCGUCCCGAAUGUGUCGGCAACUCCGACUGCUCAGCGAAUCGCGCUUGCAUACGGAACAAAUGCGCCGAUCCCUGUCCCGGUACUUGCGGCCUUGAGGCAGUCUGCAGCGUCAACAAUCAUGUACCCAUAUGUUCCUGCGCCGCGGGCUACACGGGCAAUGCCUUUGUGCAGUGCACGCGACAAGUGACACCACCGCCCCCAUCGGAUCCAUGCUAUCCAUCGCCCUGUGGUCUCAACUCAGUCUGUCGGGUGCAGCGGGGUCAGCCCGUUUGCGAAUGUCUGCCCGGCUUCUUUGGCAAUCCAUUAGGCCAAGGCUGCCGACCCGAAUGCACUCUCAGCUCCGACUGCGCCAAGGACCGCGCCUGUGUGAAUAACAAGUGCGUGGAUGCGUGUGCUGGUUUUUGCGGCUAUGGCGCCGUCUGCCAGACCAUCAAUCACAGUCCUAUCUGCAGUUGUCCGGGCAACAUGGUCGGCAAUCCAUUCGUACAAUGCGAGGCACCACGUGACAACGUGGAUCCAUGCCAACCAUCGCCGUGUCGUAGCAAUGGCGUUUGUCGCGUACACAAUAACGCCGCCACCUGCAGCUAUCCGGAGUGUGUGACCAACGAGGACUGCUCCCGAGAUCGCUCCUGUGUCAGCCAGAAAUGCCGUGAUCCUUGUCUGCAUGCCUGCGGUCUCAAUGCCGUUUGCAAUGUUGUCAAUCACAAGGCCAUCUGCAGCUGUCCGCCGAACUUCUAUGGCUCGCCAUACGCUCAGUGUGUGCGUCAAGUUCCACAUUUGGAUCCACCCAAGCCCGAGUGUACUAGCGAUACCGACUGUACCAACGAUAAGGCCUGCAUCAAUCAAGUCUGUCGCAAUCCCUGCGAACAAUCGAAUCUCUGCGCCCAGCAGGCACGCUGCCACGUUCAGCUACACCGUCCCCUCUGCGUCUGCAACGAAGGAUACACGGGUAACGCCCUACAGCAUUGCUAUCUAUUGGGCUGUCGCUCCGAUGGCGAAUGUGCGCCCACCGAGGCCUGCAUCAAUGAGAAAUGUGUGGACCCGUGCGGUUUUACCCAGUGCGGCACCGGAGCCAUCUGUCGGUCCGACUUUAAUCAUCACGCUCGCUGCCACUGUCCCGAUGGCUAUCGCGGUAAUCCUUUGGUGCGCUGCGAGCGACCCGAGUGUCGUAGCGAUGAUGAAUGUGCCUUCCAUUUGGCCUGUCGCAACGAACGCUGCGGUGAUCCCUGCAAUUGUGGUAUUGGCGCUCAGUGCCGCGUGGAUAACCAUCGCGCCCAGUGCCGCUGCCCGGCCGGGUAUAGCGGUAACCCAGCUGUACGAUGCGAAUUGGUGCCCGUCCAGCCUGAGGGAUGCACUAUGGAUGCCGAAUGUCCAAGCAAACUGGCCUGCUUCAAUGGCGAGUGUAAGAACCCAUGCGAUGUAACCCACCCAUGUGGCGCCAAUGCCAUCUGUGAGGUUGUCGACACUCUGCCACUACGCACGAUGAUGUGUCGCUGUGAGCCUGGUUACGUGGGUGAUGCUGACAUUGGAUGUCGCAAAGAACCCGUCCAAGACCAAGGCUGCGUGUCGCAUGAUCAGUGCCAGGAUAUGGAAGCCUGUCGCUCUGGCAUUUGUGUCAAUCCCUGCCUGGAUGCUUCUCCCUGUGCGCGCACAGCUCAGUGUCUUGCGCAAAAGCAUCGCGCCAUCUGCAGCUGUCCACAGGGCACCCAAGGAGAUCCCUUCACCAACUGUUAUCAGCCACCUAAAAUCACAGCUGGUUGCUCCCACGACUCGGAAUGUACGCCGACAACGGCUUGCAUCAAUAAACGCUGCCAAGAUCCGUGUGCUGAGGCCAAUCCUUGCGCCGGCAAUGCCGAAUGUCGCGUUCAAAACUUCCGACCUAUCUGCUACUGUCCCUCUGGUUGGGGCGGUGAUCCGCAAGUCCAAUGCUUCAAACCCGAAUGCAAGAGCAAUCCUGAUUGUCCCUAUGACAAGGCAUGUCUGAACGAGAACUGCGUCAACCCUUGCACUCACGGUCAAGUGCGUUGCGGCAGCGGUGCCGAGUGCCUGCCACAGAAUCAUCAAGCUGUAUGCCGCUGUCCAGCCGGCACGCAAGGUAAUCCUUUCGUCGCCUGCAUCACCGGACACUGUCAGUUCAACGAGGACUGUGCCGAUCACGAGGCCUGCGAUCGUCUGAAUCGUGUUUGUCGUCCUGUUUGCGAGCAGGACACCUGCACCGCAAAUGCCAUUUGUGUGGGACGUCGCCAUCAGCCGCAGUGCGAGUGUCGCCCCGGCUACCAGGGUAAUCCCUUCGUGCUUUGCGAACUGCCAAAGAGUGAACCAAAGCCACAAUGCACCCAGGACGCCGACUGCCCGUCGAAAUUGGCUUGCAUCAAUCAACGCUGUGCAAAUCCAUGUGCCACACCACAUGUGUGCACCCCACAGCAGACGUGCUCGGUCCUGGACACUCUGCCGCUGCGCACCAUGAUCUGCAAGUGCCCCAGCGAUACCGUCUCCGACAACUCGGGCAAUUGUGUACCUAUCCAGCCCGUCAUCGUUGCUGGCGGAUGUCAACAUAAUGCGGAGUGUUCCAGUUCCGAGGUAUGCCUCCAUGGCAGUUGCCUGGACGCCUGUAGCCUGGAACGUUGCGGCGUCAAUGCUCAAUGCAGUGCCCGCGAUCAUUACGCACAAUGCGCCUGCCCAGCUGGCUAUCAGGGUAAUCCACGCAUCGAAUGCUAUACCACAGAAAUUGCCUUGCCGAAAAUACCGGGCGCUGAAUGCACCCGCAAUGAUGACUGCCCACGCGAUAAGAACUGCCAGAACGAGCGCUGUGUGAACCCAUGUGCAGCCGAUGCUUGCGGCCGGGGCGCCUACUGUCAUGUACAGGAUCGCGCCGCCGUCUGUCGCUGCCCGCCUGGGUACACUGGCGAUGCUCGCGUACGCUGUCUGCCACCUUCGGAUGUCAUCACAGUGGGCUGCAAGUCGGACUCUGACUGCCCCGUAACGGAGGCUUGCAUUAAUGCGCAGUGCAUUAGUCCAUGCAACUGUGGACCCAAUGCCGAGUGCACUGUGAAGAAUCACCAUCCGAUCUGCUACUGCAAACCAGGUUUCUCGGGCAAUGCUCAGUUUGGCUGCGCCCCCAUCGGAUGCCAAUCGGAUGAUGAGUGCGCCAAUGAUAAGCAGUGCCUGAAUCGUGAAUGCAUCAAUCCCUGUCUGACCAGCGAUCCUUGUGCUCUCAAUGCUGAAUGCUAUGGCCGAAAUCAUCGAGCCAGCUGCCGCUGUCCCGCCGAACUUGAGGGUGAUCCAUUUGUGCGCUGUGUGCGCUUGGAAUGCCAUUCAAAUCACGACUGCGCCACCAAUUUGGCUUGCGUUGCCAACCACUGUGUGGAUCCCUGCGCUCAAAGUCCCUGCGCCCAAAAUGCCAUUUGCCAGUCCCUACAACAUCGUGCUGUCUGUCGCUGUCCGGAUCAAAUGCCAUUGGGCAAUCCCUAUGCCUACUGCGAACCGCGACCCGUGGAACCCGUGUGCCGCGACGACGGCAACUGCCCCAGCGGCUUGGCUUGCAUCGAUGCCAAGUGCCUGAAUCCAUGUACGGAGCUGUCACCCUGCGCACGUAGCGCCCACUGCAGCGUGCUAGACAGCGUACCCGUCCGCACCAUGGUCUGUGAGUGUCCCGAAUCGCAAGUGCCGGAUGCCAGCGGCGAGUGCCGUGAACUCGUGUUACAGAGUCCGCCCGGUUGCGAGAGCGAUCUCGAUUGUGGCGAACAGGAGGCGUGCGUGAAUCGCCAGUGCCGCAAUCCAUGCAACUGCGGUACUAAUGCUAUCUGCCAUGUGCAACAGCAUCGCGCAGUUUGCAGUUGUCAGGAUGGAUACGAGGGCAAUCCCUAUGGAACCUGUCGAUCCAUCGGCUGUCGCGUCGAUGGCGAAUGCGACUCUGGCAAGGCGUGCCUAAACGGCAACUGCCUCAAUCCCUGCCUGAUCAACGACCCGUGCGGCCCCAAUGCCGAGUGCUAUGUGCAGUCGAGCCGUGCCCAGUGCCGCUGCCUUAGCGGAUAUCGCGGCAAUCCCUACGAGCGUUGUCGCGUCAUCGGUUGCAUCAGCAACAACGACUGCCCCACUGACAAGACCUGCCAGAACGAACAAUGCGUCAAUCCGUGCGCCUAUCACAAUGAAUGCGCUCCACGUGCCGAGUGUCGUCCACAGAAUCAUAUGGCUGUGUGCCGCUGCCCACCAGACUACCUGGGUAAUCCCUAUGUGGCUUGCCGACCGCAGCCACAGCCCGUUUGCAAACUGGAUACGGAUUGUCCCGCUCGCUUCGCGUGCAUCAAUGAACAAUGCGUUGAUCCCUGCGUGGUAUUGGAGCCAUGCCAGCGACCAGCCCAGUGCCAGGUGACACCAACAGCCCCAGUACGUACCAUGAUCUGCAUUUGUCCCGAUGGUUAUAUCAGCAGCGGUAGUGGCAGCUGCAAACCCACCACUAGCGUGGUCAAGGUAGGUGGCUGUAUCUCGGACUCCGACUGUGCCGCCGACAAGUCCUGCGUGAACGGAAUUUGCCGAGAUCCAUGCAAUUGUGGAUUGAACGCCGAGUGUCGCAUCAAGGAUCAUAAGCCAGUGUGCACCUGUCGCCAGGGCUUUGAGGGUAAUCCCGAGUUCGAGUGUGCAAAGAUCGAGUGCACUAUCAAUUCGGAAUGCCCAGCUACGCAUGCCUGCCGUAAUCAACUUUGCGUGCCCGCCUGCCAAGGCGAGCUUUGUGGUCCCAAUGCCGAGUGCCUUGCCAUCAAUCAUCGUGCGGUUUGCGAGUGCGCCCCUGGACAUGGUGGAAAUGCGCGUCUGGGCUGCACGCCUCUUGGCUGUCGCAACGACAAUGAGUGUCCGUCAGAUAGGGCUUGCGUUAAUGGAAAAUGUGGCAAUCCUUGCGACACUACAGCGAUCUGUGCCAGCGAUGAGCUCUGCAAGGUCUAUCAACAUAAGCCACAAUGCGCUUGUCCCCCAGGAACCGUGCCCGGUCGCAAUGGUUGCGAACAGGAGCGAGUUGCGCCCAUCUGCAUCAGCGAUGGAGAUUGUCACACUCAGCGCGCCUGUCUGCGCGGGGAAUGCGUCAAUCCCUGCAAUUCAACCCAACCUUGUGGCGUGAAUGCCGAAUGUCGUGUCCUCGACACCCUACCCGUUCGCACAAUGAUCUGCGAGUGCCUCGAAGGCUACACCGGCAAUGCAGCGGUGCAGUGCGACAAACGUUCACUCUGUGUCAUCGAGAAAGGCUUCGUGCGCGAUGUGGAUGGACAGUGUGUCUGUCCACCGGGCAGUGCCCUCGACAUUUACGAAUACUGCACACCAUGCCUGGUAGAGCAGGGCUAUCGAAUCGACGAGAGCGGCCAUUGCGUCUGCGCGCUAGAACGCGGCAUGGUGAUCGAUGAGCGCGGUCGCUGUACUUGUCCGAUUGAGCUGGGCUAUCGCCUCACACCGUUGGGUGAGUGCCAGCCAGUGGAGCAGCCCGAAUGCGUGACCAACGAGGAGUGCGCAGAUAAUCGCUACUGCAAUCCGGUGACGAAGACCUGUGAGGAUCCCUGCCUGACCAAAACGUGUGGUGUUAAUGCAUUCUGCAAUGCGGUGAAUCACCGUGCCCAGUGCCAGUGCAUUACCGGCUAUACUGGCAAUCCUGAGCUGCAUUGCAAUCACACCAACUUCCGAACCGACUUCCCACGACCUGACAUGGUUGUCAGCUGCUUGGCUGAUGGCGUUCAAGUGGAGAUUCAUAUCACGGAGCCGGGCUUCAAUGGCGUUCUAUAUGUGAAGGGACACAGCAAGGAUGAGGAGUGCCGUCGCGUUGUCAAUCUGGCCGGCGAGACGGUUCCACGCACCGAAAUCUUCCGCGUCCACUUUGGCAGCUGCGGCAUGCAAGCCGUUAAGGAUGUGGCCAGCUUUGUGCUGGUCAUACAAAAGCAUCCCAAGCUCGUAACCUACAAGGCGCAGGCCUAUAACAUCAAGUGCGUCUACCAGACCGGUGAAAAGAAUGUGACCCUUGGCUUUAACGUAUCCAUGCUGACGACGGCCGGAACAAUUGCUAAUACGGGACCACCGCCCAUCUGUCAAAUGCGUAUCAUUACCAAUGAGGGUGAGGAGAUCAACUCGGCUGAAAUUGGCGACAAUCUGCGUCUACAAGUGGAUGUCGAACCAGCCACUAUUUAUGGUGGUUUUGCGCGCUCCUGUAUCGCCAAAACAAUGGAGGACAAUGUACAGAAUGAGUAUCUAGUAACCGAUGAGAAUGGCUGCGCCACUGACACUAGCAUAUUUGGCAACUGGGAAUAUAAUCCCGAUACCAACAGUCUUCUGGCCAGCUUCAAUGCCUUCAAAUUCCCCUCGAGCGAUAACAUACGCUUCCAGUGCAACAUACGCGUCUGCUUUGGUAGAUGCCAGCCGGUCAAUUGCGGUGGAUACAAUGCCUUUGGACGCCGUCGUCGCUCCAUUGCGGACAACUCUAGCGAUACGACGGCAAUUGCGACAAGCACUGGUGUGGAGGGUCAACUGCGCGAGGAGAUCACCAUCUCCUCUAAUGCCAUCCUGACAUUCGAGAAACGCAGCGGUCCUGGCCUGAAUGAUGCCAACAUCAAACCGGCGGCUCAGCGCGUUGAGGAUAUUUGUGUCUCAAUGGUGGGCUUAAUCAUAGCUCUGGUUAUCACGGCGCUGUUGGCUCUGGUCGCCGUCGCCGUUGCAGUUUCCUGCUGGCUGAUGGCCUACAGAAGAAGACCCAAGACAUUGGCGCCAUUGCCACAUCCGCCAGAGUUCCCCAAUCCGCUGUUUGCCAAUCCAGACGCUGCGCCUGAGCCAACGCCGGAUUAUAUAUCCUAAGCCGUAACGUAACUAUAAAAUAACACACCGACAAAUCAACAACAAAAACUCCUACCCAUAAUAUUAGUUUGUAAAACAAUAAUACAGAAAUUAUGAAUGUUUGAAAAGCACGUGCAAAAAGUAAGAAACGAAAUUAAAUUUCGCGAAAGCAUACAAUGAAAUGAUAAAAGAAAAAGCAAAAGUACAGUUGUGAGCUGAAAAUGUAGUCGUCGGGCGUUUAUGAAACGCUCACGUAAAUAAUAAAAAAAAAAAAACGAAACUUAAAAAAAUUGUAUAAAGAAAAACGACAUAAGAAAAAUGCCACAGAAAGCGUUGCAAAUAAUUUAAACUUAAGAAAAUAAUUUUAUUAUUUUGUAUUAACAUUUUAGUAGUUUUUCCUUACUAAUAUGAGAAUUUUGCGUAGUUGCCUAGAAAAUUUUAAAAGACCCUCAACAGAUUUAUGACCGAAACUGCCAAAAGUUUUAAGAUAGUGAAACAAUAGACUAUUUAGAUACAAAGAGCAGCUACAAAGGAAUUCUCGUCAUCUAACGACAACUUCUUCAUUAGUCGGUUAUAAUUACAUAUUGAUAUUUUGUUAUAUACAUACAUAUACACAUAUAUAACUAAAGACUUCCUAUAAAUAUUUAGGGUGUGGGUAGUAGCAACAACACUUUGUAUUAUAGCACAAACACGUAAACACACACACACACACUACUACUUCCUGUGUAAUUUUAGGACAUGAGCUCGCCUUUUAAAAUUGAAAACUGCCUUUAUUUCCCACAACACGAAACGAACAAUGCACCCAAAAAAAAAAUAAUACUCUUUAGCAGUACGUAAACUUAAAAUGGAGCAGCCUAUUUCCAUGCCAGACAUGAGUAUAACCACAAGACAAUAUACCACGAUUGUCUUUCAUGGAUUAUUUUAAAGAAAGUUCUGCAUCCACACACACACACACACAUACAGACCACAAAUAGCGAAGCGAACUUGAGCACAAAUGGAAAGAAGCUGCUCUGAAAAAAAAUUAAUGAAACUAAAAUAAAAACAAAACACAACAAACAAAAAAAUACUGCCACUGAGGCGUCAACCGCGCACAAAAGAUUAAUGCAUAGGAGAGAUAUAUAAGGUUUGUUUUAAUUUUAAAUGCAACGACGACUAAUGGAGGAUUUGAACUAUGACCUAUAACUAAACUACUCUACUACAUACCUACUAUGAUUAACCAAUUAUUUUUGUAGUUUUUUAGUCAAUUAAUAUUAAAUUGUUGUGAUUGUUUUAAAAUGCAAAUGAAAUACUUCCACUAACUAACUAAUAGCGAGAAAAGUAUAGCAUGUACUUAAAAAAGGCAACGAACCGGCGCGUUUAAAUAUCCCCCGCUUUCGAUCAAGCACAAAGCGAGCUGUUAACGCGCCUGAAGCUGUGCAGCGAAUUUUUGGCUUCUCGCGCCUGUUCAUAGAGCGUAGUUGUCGCCUGGUCGAAAUGAGGAACACGCCGCUAUAUUUAAAUUAUUCAAAAUGAAGUUUUAAAUUAAUAUUAUUAAACAUAAACAAAAUGUAUAGUCACUACUUUAAGCCGAACGUGGAGCGUGAAACCCGAAACAUUUCUUUAUCCAAGUAUAGUGAAAAUACCACGAAACUCCCACACACUCAAACAUUGAGAGACACUCCCACACACACACGCGCCUACAAAAUGAGACCAAUUUGUAAAUAAUACAACACAGGCAAAAAAUGAACCGAUGGUAUUUUUAGUAGCGCAUUUUUGUGUAUAGGUUUCAAAACUUUCGCCCAGGGAAAGGAAUAUGCCAGAAUAAAAUUAUUUUCUGAUUCCAAGUAACGCAAUACAACAAAAAAAAAUAGAUUAAAAAAUCUAGCAAACAAGUUCGCUCACAAUUAACAAAAAAAAAACUUUUAUUUUUUCUUCACAAACACCGUUUAACAAUUUAUCCGAAUAAACAACUAGAAUUAAGUUGAUACAACUUUUUGCACUGGCAGCAAAUAUUGAAAAACAAAAAAGAAUUGUAAAAAGAACACAAUAGUUAAAUUGUAAUUAUAAAGAAUUGUAUUUAAAUCGAAACAAAAAUAUCAUAAUUUUAAUCGCUUAUUGUAAACUAAUAAAUAUUAAAUGAAUAUGAAUAAAGAAAAUGUAA